AGGGUGCUGAUUGGUUCUCCCCUGGCCGGCCAGCCAGCCAAACGGACUGGAGAUGUCUACAAAUGCCCUGUGGGUCGAGGACCAAACCCUAAAUGUAUCAAACUGGAGCUGCCUGGUGAGAACCUGUGUGUGUGUGUGUGUGUGUGUGUGUGUGUGUGUGUGUGUGUGUGUGUUUGGUUUAACUAUCCUUGUGGGGACCAGAAGUCAUCACAAGGAUAGUAAAACAAGAAAAACUCGGACAACUGGGGACAUUUCGCUGGUCCCCACAAGGAAAAAGGUUAUUUUAGGCUUAGUGUUUAGGUUUUGGGUUACUGUUACAAUUAGGGUUAGCGGUUAGGUUUAAGUUUGGGGUUAGGUUAAUAGUUAGGGUUGGUCCCCACAAGGAUAGUAAAACAAACGUGUGUGUGUUCUCAUUUGCAUAUGUGCGCGCUUGUGUGCAUGCCUGCAUUUGUGUGUCAUUGAUACUGUGUUAUUGAUCCUCCAGAUGUUAGCACUAGCUGAUCUAAGGCUUAGCCCCUAACACACAGCCUCAUAUUGUAUGGUGUGCUGUUUUUUUAUUUCACCUUUAUUUAACCAGGUAAGCCAGUUGAGAACAAGUUCUCAUUUACAACUGCGACCUGGCCAAGAUAAAGCAAAGCAGUGCGACAAAAACAACAACACAGAGUUACAUAUGGGGUAAACAAAACAUAAAGUAAAAAAUACAACAGAAAAUAUAUAUACAGUGUGUGCAAAUGUAGUAAGUUAUGGAGGUAAGGCAAUAAAUAGGCCAUAGUGCAAAAUAGUUACAAUUUCGUAUUAACACUGGAAUGAUAGAUGUGCAAAAGAUGAUGUGCAAAUAGAGAUACUGGGGUGCAAAUUAGCAAAAUAAAUAACAAUAUGGGGAUGAGGUAGUUGGAUGGGCUAAUUUCAGAAUGGCUGUGUGCAGGUGCAGUGAUCGGUAAGCUGCUCUGACAACUGACGCUUAAAGUUAGUGAGGGAGAUAAGAGUCUCCAGCUUCAGAGAUUUUUGCAGUUCGUUCCAGUCAUUGGCAGCAGAGAACUGGAAGGAAUGGCGGCCAAUGGAGGUGUUGUCUUUGGGGAUGACCAGUGAGAUAUACCUGCUGGAGCGCAGACUACGGGUGGGUGUUGCUAUGGUGAACAGUGAGCUAAGAUAAGACGGGGAUUUGCCUAGCAGUGAUUUAUAGAUGACCUGGAGCCAGUGGGUUUGGCGACGAAUAUGUAGUGAGGGCCAGCCAACAAGAGCGUACAGGUCAAAAUGGUGGGUAGUACAUGGGGCUUUGGUGACAAAACGGAUGGCACUGUGAUAGACUACAUCCAAUUUGCUGAGUAGAGUGUUGGAGGCUAUUUUGUAAAUGACAUCGCCGAAGUCAAGGAUCGGUAGGAUAGUCAGUUUUACGAGGGCAUGUUUGGCAGCAUGAGUGAAGGAGGCUUUGUUGCGAAAUAGGAAGCUGAUUCUAGAUCUAACUUUUGAUUGGAGAUGCUUAAUGUGAGUCUGGAAGGAGAGUUUACAGUCUAACCAGACACCUAGGUAUUUGUAGUUGUCCACAUACUCUAGGUCAGACCCGCCGAGAGUAGUGAUUCUAGUCGGGUGGGCGGGUGCAAGCAGCGUUCGGUUGAAGAGCAUGCAUUUAGUUUUACUAGUGUUUAAGAGCAGUUGGAGGCUAUGGAAUGAGUGUUGUAUGGCGUUGAAGCUCGUUUGGCGGUGGUAGCCAGGUGCUAGGGUCCAGUGAUUCCGGCAGAAAAUCCGAUAUGCUUUGGGUCGAUAGCACACUGUGCAGACUGGCCGACAUAUUGUCCAGGCUAGAGCUAGUGCUGGCUGGUGGGUAGUGCAGGCCACGGACAAUGGUGAAGACGCUAACGGUGGCUAAUAUCAAGUAGCUAGCUAGCUGGCUACCACAGCCAUUCGGUUGCAGCUAGACUAGUUUCAGCUUAAGGUUCUUGAUAAAAAUUAUAAAGAAAUAAUAGAAUCCUUUCCACGUUGGGUGAGUCGGGUUGCACGAAAGUAUAUUCAGUUAAAGAAUGAAAAGUAAAAUUGAGAUAUAUAUAUACAAAAUAGACAAAAAAACUAAAAAAAAUGGCUAUUUACACAAGGAUACUACAGAAAACACGGCCGCACUGCUACGCCAUCUUGGACUGGUCUAGUCUGGGACUCCCUCCCUCCCUGACAGUAUGCUGGACAGGACGUGAGGCACAGCAGCACCACAGCAGAACAGGAAAACACUACAUAAACAGGAUUUUAAUGUCUCAUCUCAUCCACUCAUAACUGUAUCAUCAUUAACUAACCAGAUAACCAAUAUGACUCCACUCCACUGCUUCAUGCUUCAGCCUCUGGGCUUCUAAUGACGCUGACUCAAUACUGAACAGGGUUGGGGUCAAUUCCAUUUCAGUAAAGUAAAUUAAGGAAGGAAACUCCAUUGACUGAAAUGAAAUGGUUUUGACCCCAACCCUGUUACUGACUCCCUUUCAGCAGGCAGGGUUGAGCUUAGUUAGGAUUACUAAAUCAAUAUAAUGGAACUGAAUCAAUUACAUUUGGGGUACAUAAUAUAUAUUUAACAUUGACAUUAUCUGUUGUUUUGGUAUCUGUAGGAAAUGCAUGGUUUAUGUAUUAGAUUUAUGAAUGUGCCCUGCUAAAGUUUGUAAGAGAUAAGGAUAUUUGUCCUCCAGAUGACGAUCUGGUCAUAUACAGUGUCAGUCUUACAACGGCUGUAUUGUCCUAUAGCUUGAUGGCCGUUUUGUUCUACAGCCACUGGACGUGAUGUGAGUUAUGAGAACAUGAGAGUACCUACUGUUACGAACCGUCUCGUAGCCCGUAACAAAGAGGAAGACAACGCGGACAUAAAGAAACAAAUAUAUUUAUUCAACAAAGUAAACUAUAUCCAAGUAGCAAUGGUGUGUGUAGUCAGUAGUGUAAGUGAGUGGAUGGGUGCAUAGAUGGUGAAAGUGAGGGGUGUUGAGAGGUGCCAAAACAAACGAACACAAAGAAGCCCCAAAAUGCCCCAACCAAAAACAACAGGGUGUCUGUGUGGAGAGAGUCUCUUCGCUGUAUGGGGGAAAGGUGUAUAUAUCCCCGGGACACACCCGAGCCCAGGCCCAGGUGUGUCCCAUUUCACAGACCUUUGCGCACAGGAAGCAACCUUUAAGAGGAAAGACUAAAACGAGGACAGCAGGGAACAGAUGACAGGAGCGACAGAACAGGACAAUACAAAACACAGAAUCAACAGUGACCGGUCACAUGGACGACACGCAUACACUCGGGGACAACGCAAAUGAGAAAACGCGUGUCCACCGAUCAAUAGGACCAGACGCGUUCAGGAACAGCGCGCAUGAGAGAGAGCGUCAGCAACAACAUUAUUAGAUCCCCUGAUGUGCUUCACAUCGUGAUGGAAUGCCUGUAAAAACAAACACCAUCUCAUUAUCGUCUGGUUAGGACACAUCAUAGACCUCAAGAUGGUGAGAGGGUUAUGGUUGGUGUAGACCACAAUAGGUACUACAUCCGACCCGACAUACACCUCGAAGUGUUGUAGCGCCCGUAUGAGUGCUAGCGCUUCUUUUUCCUCCACGGAGUAGUUCAACUGAUCGGUUAAACUUUUUGGAGCAUAAACUAACAGGCCUCUCAACACCAGACACAUCAGCUUGCAGGAGGACUGCACCUGCCCCCACGUGACUCACAUCCACUUGCAAGGUGAAUGACAAAUCCAUGUGAGAAGCAGCCAGCACCGGAGUUGAGGUAAGCAGCCUCUUCGCAUCCUCAAAAGCCUGUUGACAGAGAGGAGACCAGACGUAAACUGCCUUAGCUUUCAGCAGAUCUGUCAGGGGAGAGACCACCGUAGAGAAGUUCCUACAGAAACUACGGUAAUAACCAAUCAUUCCCAAGAAACGCAUCAGUUCCUUUUUAGUGGUUGGUAGUGGAAAAGCAUCAAUAGCUACCACUUUAGCCCGAACAGGACGCACUUCACCCUGCCCAACCAGGGUAUAUAACGGUCGUCUGAGCAAACUCACACUUUGCCAGAUUGACAGAGAGGCGACCCGCAGCCAGGCGGUCGAACAAGGCUUGAAUAUGGGACAGAUGCUCCUCCCAAGUAAGUAUCUGCAUAAACCACUACAUCGUCCAGAUAAACAGCGCACCAGACCAGACCGGAGACAAGCCUAUUCAUAAGGCGCUGAAAGGUGGCAGGUGCGUUACGCAGGCCGAAACUCAUAACCGAAUACGAGUACAGACCGGAGGGUGUAAUAAAGGCAGAGAUUCCAUGUGCCCUAUGUAUCAGUGGCACCUGCCAAUAGCCCUUUAAUAGGUCAAACUUGCUCACAAACUUGCUCAACGCAGUCCUCCAUCUGAGGAAGAGGAAAUCAAUCUGGUUUAGUGACACUGUUUACCUUACGGUAGUCUGUACAAAAUAUGUUUGUCCCAUCCGGUUUACUGACCAAGAUACAGGGAGAAGCCCAGCUGGAGAAAGAAGACUCUGUAAUAUCAUUCACCAGCAUGUACCUAAUCUCAGCAUCCAGACAACUAAGUUUCUCUGAAGAAACUCUAUAGAACCGCUGACGGAUGGGGUCAUCAUCCCCAACAUCAAUAUCGUGUUCUAUUAAGUUUGUACGUGUAGGUGUAUCAGAAAACAAAACUGGAAAACUCUGAAUCAGACCGACCAACUCGUCUUGCCUAUCAGCAGGUAGAUGAGUGAGAAGGCUAUCCAAAACAUCCAGUGACUCUGAAUUUUUCAAUCUACCCUGCAGUACGCAAUCGUCGGGACCAGGGACAUCCUCCUCACCAAUCACGGACAUAGCAUGACAAAAAGAAGAACUCAGCGAUGUAACAGUACCGGCCAAAAGAACAGGUUUACCGUCCUCUGUGGACUCACUCUUCGGCCCCAGAGGAACGUGCAUAAUAGGGUUUUAGCAGAGGUACAUGGCACAGUUGGUGCGCUUUCCUCCGUUCCGGAGUGGCAACUAGAUCGUUUUGCUCAGUGCACUGGCGCACAACCGUAUAUGGACCUUGACAUUUGGUUUGAAAAGGAGAACCAACAAUUGGCAGCAGAGCAAGAACCUGGUCACCUGGACUAAAUUGACGAGACUCAGCUCGCCGAUCAAAUAUUCCCUUCAUCCUCCCCUGUGAAGAAGACGUCUUCUCUUUAGCCAUCUCACCAGUGGCAUACAGGCGUCGCCGGAAAUCACACUCAUAAGAUAAUGGGGACUGAGGUGUCACGCCCUGGCUCUGGGGACUAUUAAAUGUUGAGCCAGGGUGUGGAUUUUCUAUUGUUUAGUUUUCUAGGUUUGUGUUCUAGUUCUAGUAUAUCUAUGUUGGCCAGGGUGGUUCCCAAUCAGAGGCAGCUGUAGCUUGUUGUCUCUGAUUGGGGACCAUACUUAGGCAGCCUGUUUGGCACGGUUAUUUUGUGGGAUCUUGUUCCGGAAGGUUUGUGUUCAACCCAGGACUUCACGUAUCGUUUGUUUUGGUUUGUGUUGUGUACUGCAAUAAAAGAAUGUACGCAUAUCACGCUGCGCCUUGGUCCGCUUCAUCUAACGACGAUCGUGACAGAAGAUCCCACCUCGACUGGAUCAAGCAGUGUGACGAGGAGAGAGGAUGGACCUGGGAGGAGAUGAGUGAGAGUCUGGCAAGAGGGAUGGAGGCCAUGAGCACGGGGGAGAGACAAGCCCAAAAAAAAUUUAGGGGGGGGCUCACGCCGUGGACGACGAGGCAGCGGGAGGCCGCGAUAGAGCGGUUCAGCAGGUUGGCAGAGGAGGCCGCCAGGUUACGGGGGCCACUGGUCACGAGGGAGAAGGAUAGUGUGGAGGCACGGCGAGAGGAACUGAGUAGGCAGCAGAGGGAGCGGAGGUUUAUGAGGAAACCCAGGCCCACUCCUCGCACCAAGCAAGUGGUGUGUGUCACCAGUCCGGUCCGGCCCGUUCCUGAUUCCCGCACAAGGCCAGUGGUGUGUGUUCCCAGUACGGUCAGGCCCGUUCCUGCUCCCCGCACUAAGCCUGUGGUGCGCGUCGCCAGCUCGGUCCGGCCUGUUCCUGCUCCCCGCACCAAGCCAGUGGUGCGCGUCGUCAGCCCGGUCCGGCCCGUUCCUGCUCCCCGCACCAAGCCAAUGGUGCGCGUUGUCAGUCCGGUCCGGCCCGUUCCUGCUCCCCGCACCAAGCCAGUGGUGCGCUUCAUCAGCCCGGUCCGGCCCGUUCCUGCUCCCCGCACCAAGCCAGUGGUGCACGUCGUCAGCCCGGUCCGGCCCGUUCCUGCUCCCCGCACCAAGCCAGUGGUGCGCGUCGUCAGUCCGGCACGGUCCGUGCCUGUUCCACCGGUGCCUGGUCCGGCACCGGUCAGCUGCUCCACGCCGGAGCCAGAGCAAUCCGCUCCACCGGUGUUCAGUCUUGUGUUUGGUUGGCGCGGUCGCAGUCCGCGCCUUUGGGGGGGGGGUACUGUCACGCCCUGGCUCUGGGGACUAUUAAAUGUUGAGCCAGGGUGUGGAUUUUCUAUUGUUUAGUUUUCUAGGUUUGUGUUCUAGUUCAUGUAUAUCUAUGUUGGCCAGGGUGGUUCCCAAUCAGAGGCAGCUGUAGCUUGUUGUCUCUGAUUGGGGACCAUACUUAGGCAGCCUGUUUGGCACGGUUAUUUUGUGGGAUCUUGUUCCGGAAGGUUUGUGUUCAACCCAGGACUUCACGUAUCGUUUGUUUUGUUGUUUUGGUUCGUGUUGUGUACUGCAAUAAAAGAAUGUACGCAUAUCACGCUGCGCCUUGGUCCGCUUCAUCUAACGGCGAUCGUGACAUGAGGUGGCUUAGGAGACUUCCAGUCAUCCUGGAGCACUGCUAGAAGCCCACGGACACUAUGUCCGAACACCAAGUCAUUUGGACUGAAACCUGUGCUCUCCUGUGAAACCUCCCUGGCGGCUAACAGUAACCAUGGCAACCCCUCCUCCCAAUCCUUAUCCAUCUCCGUACAAUAAGCUCUCAACAAAGACUUAAGUGUUUGAUGGAAACGUUCCAGCGCUCCUUGACUCUGCGCGUGAUAGGCGCAAGCCAAAUUGUGUUUAAUAUGGAGCUGUUGGAGGACCUGACCAAACAGAUUAGAGGUGAAAUUAGAAUCUUGGACACUGAAUAACCUUAGAGAUUCCAAACAGCGAGAUCAACUGAGUCAAAGCUUUUAACACGGACUUUGAUGUGAUAGAACGGAGAGGAUAGGCAGCAGGAAACCUAGUGGUCUGACAUCACAGCGAACAGGUAACUACUACCAUUCUGAGAGCGAGGCAGACCAACACAGUCAUCCAUCAAAUACCCAAAAGGCUGGCUGACUACGGGAAUAGGAAACAGCGGUACCGGCUUAAUAGCUUGAUUAGGUUUACCCGUUAAUUGACAGGUGUGACACAUGAUUACUGACGAGAUUGCUUUAAAAAAUGCUGCUAGACAGAGAGCACAUGUAAUUAUACAUAGUGUAUAUGCCAUUUAGCAGACACGUUCAACCAAACAGUGUGUGCAUGCAUACAUUUUAGUAUUUGUGACCCCAGCUGGAAUCAAACCCACAACCCUGGCAUAGCUAGCGUCAUGCUCUUACUAGACUACAGUUUUUACGCUGGAAAACAAAAUAUGAAGACUGUAGAGAUAGAUCAUAUUCCAUCCAUCAUUGUCUGAGAAAGGGAUUGUAAAUUAACGAACGAUCCUAUAAAUAACUACAUGUCAAUAGUGCACGUUGUUAAAAGUGAAGUCCAGAGGGGUUCAAGGGGCAUUGAGGUGUGGUCUGUCUUUCUGCCUAUGGGAAAAUGGAUACAGGAAUUUGAGCAGCUGUUAUUUCUUUGUUUCACUGACUUUAUUACAUAUUUUCCCAGAAAACACAACAAUUCCUAACUUGCAUGAAGUCAAGGAAAACAUGACCAUGGGAACGACGUUGGUUACCAACCCUCAAGGAGGCUUUCUGGUAAGAGGACACGUGACAAUGUAGAUGUCAGCCCUGGACUGCAACAGCCAGUGGACUGUACGGUUGUUACUAUAUGUAGAGCUGACAUAUACACUACCCGUCAAAAGUUUGGACACACCUACUCAUUCAAGGGUUUUUCUUUAUUUUUAGUGUUUUUUACAUCGUUGAACAAUAGUGAAGACAUCAAAACUAUGAAAUAACACAUAUGGAAUCAUGUAGUAAUCAAAGAAGUGUUCAACAAAUCAAAAUAUAUUUUAUAUUUGAGAUUAUUCAAAGUAGCCACCAUUUGCCUUGAUGACAGCUUUGCAACCUCUUGGAACUCUCAACCAGCUUCAUGAGGAAGUCACCUGGAAUGCAUUUCUAUUAACAGGUGUGCCUUCUUAAAAGUUAAUUUGUGGAAUUUAUUUCCUUCUUAAUGUGUUUGAGCCAAUCAGUUGUGUUAUUACAAGGUGUGUGGGGGGGUAUACAGAAGAUAGCCCUAUUUGGUAAAAGACCAAGUCCAUAUUAUGGCAAGAACAGCUCAAAUAAGCAAAGAGAAACAACAGUCCAUCAUUACUUUAAGACAUGAAGGUCAGUCAAUCCGGAACAUUUCAAGAACUUUGAAAGUUUCUUGAAGUGCAGUUGCAAAAACGAUCAAGCGCUAUGAUGAAACUGGCUCUCAUGACGACUGCCACAGGAAUGGAAGACCCAGAAUUACCUCUGCUGCAGAGAAUAGGUUAAUUAGAGUUACCAGCCUCAGAAAUUGCAGCCAACAGACACAUCUCAACAUCAACUGUUCAGAGGAGACUGUGUGAAUCAGGCCUUCAUGGUCGAAUUGCUGCAAAGAAACCUCUACUAAAGGACACCAAUAAGAAGAAGAGACUUGCUUGGGCCAAGAAACACAAGCAAUUGACAUUAGACCAGUGGAAAGUUGUUCUUUGAUCUGGAGUCCAAAUUUGAGAUUUUUGGUUCCAACCGCCGUGUCUUUCUGAGACGCGGUGUGGGCGAACGGAUGAUCUCUGCAUGUGUAUUUCCCACCGUAAAGCAUGGAGGAGGAGGUGUUAUGGUGUGGUGAUAUUUUGCUGGUGACACUGUCUGUGAUUAAUUUAGAAUUCAAGGCACACUUAACCAGCAUGGCUACCACAGCAUUCUGCAGCGAUACGCCAUCCCAUUUAGUUUGGGCUUAGUGGGACUAUCAUUUUAGUUUUUCAACAGUACACCUCCAGGCUGUGUAAGGGCUAUUUUACCAAGAAGGAGAGUGAUGGAGUGCUGCAUCAGAUGACCUGGCCUCCACAAUCCCCCGACCUCAACCCAAUUGAGAUGGUUUAGGAUGAGUCGGACCGCAGAGUGAAGGAAAAGCAGCCAACAAGUGCUCAGCAUAUGUGGGAACUCCUUCAAGACUGUUGGAAAAUAAUUCCAGGUGAAGCGUCAUCAAGGCAAAGGGUGGCUAUUUAACACUUUUUUGGUUACUACAUAAUUCCAUAUGUUAUUUCAUAGUUUUGACUUCACUAUUAUUCUACAAUGUAGAAAAUAGUAAAAAUAAAGAAAAACCCUUGAAUGAGUAGGUGUGUCCAAACUUUUGACUGGUAGUGUAUAACACACACAUACCUUAUGGUGGUUACUUUAUGUGGAGCUGACAUGCAGUGCAAUACGGAUUAAUCAGAACUUGUUUCAGUCUCCUAAAUCUCCUAAAUCCCUCAUAUAUAGAGUUGGGAGUAAACUGUAGGAAAACACUAAGGACAUAAUCUGGAAGAGUUAUAGAAUUUAAAGUAAUUUCAUUUUCCAAAUAUUGCUUGUAAUUACAGACCCAUCUCUCUCUCUGUCUCUCUCUCUGUGUGUGUCUCUCUCUCUCUCUCUCUCUCUCUCUCUCGCUGUGUCUCUCUCUCUCUGUGUCUCUCUGUGUCUGUCUGGAAGAAUAGGUCUGAGUAUUUAUAAUGAUGACAUUAUAAGAGAGUAAUUACAAGGUCCGGGUCUGACCAGAACUUUCCCCUCUGCCUUUUCACUGUGCUUGUACCUCACUGCUCAUAUAAGGACUGUUGAAUAGAGAGUCUUAGCCAAUCAGAUCAUGUACUUCAGAGAGUCAGUUACUUUGAGUCCAAAUUAAACACUUUAACCCUGUGUGUGUGUAGUGGUCACGGUCUCAUGAUUAAGUAGCCCUGUAGCCCUGCCUGCGACUUCAAAAUCAGUGCCAGGACAUUUCCUAUUGGGCUAAGAGUUAAGGUUUUUCCUGUGGCAAACCCUGUUUCAGAUCCCGCACGUGACAAGUGUGCGUAUGUGUGUGCUCUUGUCUUCCAGGCCUGUGGUCCCCAGUACGGCUACAUGUGUGGUCAGCAGACGUACAUCUCUGGGGUCUGUACCAACGUCAGCUCAACCUUCCAGGUGCUCAACUCCAUCGCCCCGGCUGUGCAAGGUACAACUUCACCCUAACCCUAACUACUGAACAUAGACGGCAGUAUCCCUCACACUCCUUCCUUUACACACAGAAACAACUACACUGUUAAGUUUAGGCAUUCAUUCCGAUUGGUUAAGUUAAGGGUUAAGGUUUGGCAUAGGGUUAGGUUUAGAACAAAACAAUUUAAAACGAGCGUCUACCACUGGAAUUAAACACGCGACCCUCGGAGCCGGAGUUCGCGGCUUACACCCAUCCACCAUCCUGAUCCACAACACCCUAUCAAAACCCAAGCCUACUUGAUGGUAAUUACGUAGCGCUCAACGCUGCCCCUAGUGGCGGGUUUUGAAGGCAUCUCCCAACGUCCUCAGGACAUGGAUGGACGUCUAAUUUCGAAGUCAAUCUUGAGCGACCUUGCUGCUACACAUCCCUCCACCCCAAGGCACAGAACACAGAGCACAGACAGACCAGAUAAACACCAUCCCUCACCCUCUUCCCUCUACUCACCAUCUCUCUCCACCCCGCCCCAACACUCUCCAUUCCUCUCUGAGCAUCCCUCCAUUCCCCCACCUCAGAGCCACGUGGCCAGAGAGAGACAUCACUUGUGUACAUAAGAGCAUUCCACUUAGCCUAAACUACUCUCCAGUCUCUCGACUCCCCCAUGCAUGCCCAAGUUAGGGCCGAAUUUAGAGUUGUCUUCUCGGUCUUCUCUCCACAGAGAGGGAUCAGUGAAUGAAGGUAAACAGUACAGUGAACUCCACAGCUCCUCACCACUCUGUAGUUUUAGGCACGGGAUUGGACAUGCAUUCUAAGUGUAUUCUAAAGUAGCCUGUGAAUAUGUUUCAAUAUCCAUACCAGCAUACCACUUAAAAGGCAUGUCCAUUACAUUACUAAAAAUUGCAAUUUUUUAUCAAGGCCUUUUUACAAGUCUCAGAGGGACUAGAUGGGAGAGCCUCUCUGUAUUGUAGCGUUCUCCCUCUCUUCACCUCUCUCCACAGCCCAAACCAAAUAUUUCAUGUAUUUAUUGUAAAAACUGUUGUCAACUGUCUGUGGCUUUAAUAGUUUAAACAAUAAUGUACAAAACACACAUAUAAUGUUCUUUAAUGGACUUCUACAUUGUAUGUGAUACUGUAUAUUGGUUGUGUUACACAAAUAACUGCCCCAUUAUUUGAACCCCUCUUGUGUUGCAGAGUGUGCCAAAGAGCUUGACAUUGUCAUGGUUCUUGACGGCUCCAACAGUAUCUGGCCCUGGACCAGCAUCAUUGAAUUCCUGGUCAAAUUUCUGAAGAAUAUCGAAAUUGGAGCUAAACUGUCCCAGGUAAUUUUUCCUUUCAGUACAGUAGAAAACACGGGUAACACUUUAGAUGAAGGUACACUUUGUCCCUGUAGAAGAACCUUUAUGGUUCCAGACAGGUAGAACAUUUUCACCAAAGAACCCUUUAAGAACCCAGUAUCAACUACACUGGCCCGUGAACGAGAGAGGGAUAGAAGGUUGGGAUAGAGGAUAGAAGGGAUAGAAGGUUGGGAUAGAGGAUAGAAGGUUGGGAUAGAGGAUAGAGGGAUAGAAGGUUGGGAUAGAGGGAUAGAAGGUUGGGAUAGAGGAUAGAAGGUUGGGAUGAGGAUAGAAGGUUGGGAUAGAGGAUAGAAGGUUGGGAUGAGGAUAGCAGUUGGGAUGAGAUAGAGGUUGGGAUCGAGGAUACGGUUGGGAUAUCGGAUAGAAGGUUGGUAUAGAGGCUCGUUUGGAUCGAGGAUAGCGGUUGUUGGGCUUAGAGGCUAGAGGUUUUGGUCGAGUCUCCGGGCCUCCCGUAGGAUGCUGCUGGCUCGGUUGGGGCUCUGCUCGGUUGGGUCGGGCUCGGCUCGCGUUUGGGCUCGCUAUCGGGCUCGCCGGGCCUCGUGGGCUGCGGGCUCGCCGGUUGGCUCGCGCGGCUCGCCGGUUGGGCUCCUGCGGUUCUCCUUUGCGGUCGCGCCUCGCCUGCUUGGCUCGGCUCGGGUCUCCGGUGGUCGCCGCUGUUUGGCUCGCGGCUCUGCCGGUUUGGCUCUGCGCUCGCGGGCUCGCCGGUUUGACUCGCGGCUCUCGGGCUCGCCGUGUUGGGCUCGCGGCUCGCUCGGUUUGGGCUCGCGGCUCGCGGCUCGCCGUUGGCUCGCGGCUCGCUGUUCGCGGUUGGGCUCGCGGGCUCGCCGUUGGGCUCGCGGUCCGGGCUCCCGGUUGGCUCGCGGCUCCGGUUCGGCUCCGGCUCGCGCUCGCCGCUUGGCUCCGCUCCGGGCCUCCGGUGGCCGGGCUCGCCGUUGGGCUCGCGGCUCUCUGUUGCCGGUUGGGCUCCUCGCGGUGCUCGCCGGUUGGGCUCGUCGGCUCGCCGGUUGGGCUCGCUGGCUCGCGGUUCGCGGUUGGGCUCGCGGCUCGCCGGUUGUUGGCUCGCUCCGUUGCGGGCUCGCCGUUGGGCUCGCGUGCUCGCCGGUUGGGCCUCGCGGCUCGCCGCUUUGGCUCCGCGGCUCCCGGCUCGUCCGUUGGCUCGCGCCUCGCUCCGUUUGGCUCGCGGCUCUCGGUUCGCCGUUGGGCUCGGCUCGCCGGUUGGCUCGCGGCUCGCCGUUUCUGCUCGCGGCUCGCGGCUCGCUCGCCGGUUUGGGCUCGCGGCUCCGCGUGCUCUCGCCGGUUGGGCUCGCGGCUCGCCGUUGGGCUCGCGCUCGGUCUCGCCGGUUGGCUGGGCUCGCCGGUUGGGCGUGCGGGCUCCUGGUUGGGCUGCUGCCUCCGUUGGCUGCGCUCGCCGGUUGGGCUUCUCCCGGUUUUGGGCUGGUCGCUCGCCGGGUUUAGGCUCUCGUCUGCGGGUCCGCCGGUUGGGACUCGGACGGCUCCGUUGGGCUGCGGCUCCCGGUUGGGUGCGGCGCUAGCCGGUUGGGCUUCGCGGCUCCGCGGGCUCCCGGUUGGCUCGACUGGCUCGCUCGUUUGCGCUGCGGGCUGCACGGUUGGCUCGCGGAUGCGGUUUCGCCGUUGGGUCGCGGUUGCGGCUCUCCGGUUGGGCUGCGGCUCGUCCGUUUGCUUGCUGCUUCGUGCUGGCUCGCCGGUUGUGGCUCGUUUGGCUCGCGGUCUCGCCGUUGGGCUCGCGUCUCUCGUGCUCGCUUCUCUCCUUGCUCGCGUGCUCUCUCGCCUUUUGGCUCUCGCGGUCCCAGCUUGGUGCGGCUCGCGGGCUCGCCGGUUGGGCUCGCGGCUCGCCGUUGGGCUGGCGGCUCGGGUCCCGGUUGGGCUGCGGCUCGGGCUCGCCUGUUGGGCUGGCGGCUCCGCGUUGGGUGGCAGGCUCGCCGGUUGGGCUCGACGGCUCGCCGUUGGGCUGCGGCUCCGGUUGGGCCUUGGACGGCUCGCCGGUUGUGGCUGACUUUCUCCCGGUUGGCUCGCGGUCCCGGUUGGCUCGCCGGUUCGGCGCGGUUCCCGGUUGGCUCGCCGGUUGGGUGCGGUUGGGCUCCGGCUCCGGGCUCCCCGGGGUUGGUGGCGGCUCCCGGGUUUUGGGUCGGCCGCCGGUUGCGGCUCCCGGGCUCGGGCUCGCCUGGUAUCGCGGGCUCUGCGGGCUCCGGUUGGGCUCGCGGCUCGCCGGUUUGCCGCUCCCCGGGCUCGCCGGUUGGGCUCGCGGCUCGCGGGCUCGCCGGUUGGGGGCCUCGGCUGCGGGCUCGCCGUUUGGCUCCGGGCUCUCCUUUUGGGGCUCGCGGGCUCGCCGUGGGCUCGCGGGCUCCCCGGGUUUGGGGCCUGGCGGCUCGCCGCUUGGGCUGGCGGCUCCCGGUUGGGCUGGCGGCUCGCCGGUUGGGCUGGCGGCUCCCGCUUGGGGUUUGGCGGCUCGCCGGUUGGGCUGGCGGCUCGCGGUUGGGCUCGGGCUCGGGUUUGGUGGCGGCUCGCCGGGGGGCUGGCGGCUCCCCGGGUUGGGCUCGCGGCUCGCCGGUUUGGGUCGGGGGCUCGCCGGUUGGGCUCCCCGGUUCGGCUGCGGCUCCCGGGUUUGGGGCCUCGCCGUAUGGGUCGCCGGUUUGGCUCGCGGCUCGCGGGCUCGCCGGUUGGGCUGGGGUCGCCGGUUGGGCUGAGGCUCCCCGUUGGGCGCGCGGGCUGGGCGGGUCGCCGGUUGGGCUCGCGGCUCGCGGCUCCCGUUGGGCUGCGGCUGCGGUCUCCGGUUUGGGCUGCGGUCGCCGUUGGGCUCGCGGUGCGUCUCGCCGGGUGGCGGUCGCGGUCUCCCGGUUUGGGCUCGCGGCUCGCUGGCUCGCCGGUUGGGCUCGCGGCUCGCGGGCUCCGGUUGGCUCGCGCUCGCGGCUCGCCGGUUGGCUCCCCGGCUCUCCGGUUGGCUCCGCUCCGGGGGGGCCCCUCCCCGGGGGGGUGCGGCGCCCGGGGGCGGGGGGUUCGGGGCCGCCGGUUUUGGUGGGGGUUCUGGUUUUGGGUGGCGGGGUUUGGGGCUGGGGGUUUUGGGGUUGGGUGGGUUUGGUCCCGGGCCCCCUUUGGGUGGGUCCGUUUGUUUGGCUCCCCUUGGUUGGUCGAGGGUUGGGGUUUCCGCUCCCGUUGGCUGGGUCCGGUUGGGCUUGGCUGGGGUUGGGCUCUCUCUCCUUUGGGCUCGCCUUUUGCUCCGGCUCUCUUUGCUCGCCUUUUUUCCUUUGGGCUCGUUUGCUCUCCGUUUGGGUGCCUCCUUGGCUGCUCCCUUUUGGGCCCUCCUCCUUUCCCUUUCUUUUUUUGCCUCCUUCUCCUUGGCUCCCGGGGUCCCCUUUUGGCUCGUUUCGCUUCCCUUUGGUUUCGGUCUCCCUUUCCUCGCCUCGGGGGGUUUCCCGUUCUCGUUCUCCCCCGGGGGGCUCUCCCCCGGCUCCCUUUUCCCCUUUUCUUCCUUGGCUCUCCUUCUCCUUUUUCCUUUUUCCUCCUCUUUUUGCUGGUUUCCCGGGCUCUUUGGUCCGGUCUCCCUUUUGGGGCUGGCCUCGGUCUCCCCGUUUGUUUUCCCUUCUCCUCGCUUUUUGGGCUCCCUCCCUUUUCCCUUUUUGGGCCCCCGCUCCCUUUGUUUUCCUCGCCUUUUUUCUCCCCUCGCCUUUGCUCCUUUCCGGCUCCCCGGCCGUGGCUCCGGCUCCCCGGGUUUUUGGGGUGCGCCCCCGGCUCUCCGUUUGGGCUCCGGCUUCCGGUUGGCUGCGGCUCGCCGUUUUCUCCCCUUUCGCCGGUGGUCCCUGUCCUGGUGGGCUGGUUGCGUUGGCUCCCUUGUUCCCUCCGUUUUCCCGGGGUCCCGGGUUGGGCCCCCAUCUCCUUGGGGCCAGGGUCGGGCUCCCUUCCUCUCCUCCCCUUUUUCCCCUGAAAGCCCUUUCCCCCUUGGCCCCCCCGGGGGUUUCCCUCUCCUUUUCCUUUUCUCCUCUUCCUUUUGCUCGCGUCCCUUGUCUCGGGUGCUCCCCCGGGUUUUCCUUGGCUCCUUGUUGGGUUUUUUUUCCCCCCCCCUUUUUUUUCCCCCUUUGUCCCCCCGUCCCUUUUUUCCCUUUUGGGCCCCCCGGGUUUGGGUUUUUUUUUUGUUUUGUUUUGGGGGGGGGUUUUUUUUUUUUCCCCCCCUUUUUUGGGUUGUUUUGGGGGGGGGUUUGGGUUUUUUCCCCCCCUUUUUGGGGGGCCCCCCCCGGGGUCCGGGUGGGGGGGGUUUUGGGGGUUUUUUUGGGGGGUGGGGGGUUUUGGGCUUUUUUUUGGGGGGGUUUUGGGCUCCCCUUGGGCCCCCGGCGCCUUGGGGGUUUUUGGGGGGGUUUGGGGGGGGGUUUGGGUUGGGGGGGGGUUUCCCUUUUUUCCCCCUCCCCCGGUGGGUGCGGGGGGGGGCCCCCGGGGGGGGUGGGGUUCCCGGGGUUUGGGGGGUUUGGUUGGGUGGGGGUGCCGGUUUGGGGCUGGCCCGGGGGGGUCCGGGGGCCCGGGGGCCCCUUUUGGGGCCUGGUUUGGGGCCCUGAGGUUGGGGCCGGUUGGGCUGGGGGUUUGGGCCCCGGGGGGGCUGGGGGCUCCCGGGUUGGCUGGGGCCCUUUUGGGUUUUCCCGGUUGGGGUGCUGGGGGGGGGUUUGGUUUGGGGGGGGUUUGGGUUUUUUUGGGUUGGGUGGGUUGGGGGGGUUUGGGGAAGGGUUGGGAGGGGGUAGAUUUGGGAUGGGGUUUUGGGGGGGGAAAAUUGGGAUGAGAUAAAGGGUUUGGGGAAGGUAGGGGUUUGGGGAAGGGGAAGGGUUGGGGGGUUGGGGGGGAAAAAUUUGGAAAGGGGGGUUGGGAUAAAAGGGUGGGGGGGGGGCCCCGGGGGAAGGGGUUUUGGGGAAGGAAAAAUUUUUGGGGGUGGAGGAUUUUUUUGGGAGGGGGUUGGGGGGGUGGGGGGGUUUUGGGUAAAUUUGGUGGGGGGGGGUGUUUUUUGGGGUUGGGGGGGUUGGGUAAAAAGGGGGUUUUUGGGUUGGUGGGUUUUUAAAAUUUUUUUAAAAAAAGGGGGGUUUUUUUCCCCCCCCCCCCGGGGGCCCCUUUCCCCGGGUUUUUUUUUUGGGGACCAAAAAAUUUUUCCUUUCCCCUUUUUUUUAAUUUUUUUUUUCCCCAUCCCCUUUACCCUUUCCCCCCAAAAAGGGAAAAAUUCGGGAAGCGGGGUCAGGUUGGGAUGGGGAUCGAGGUUGGAUAGACGACUGAGGUUUGGGGUCGCGUGAGGUUUUCUGCCUUUGGCUCGGUCUCCGGUGGCUCGCGGUGGGCUGGCGGUUUCCGGUUGGUUUUGGGGCUCCCGUUUGGCUGGUCUGCGGUUGUUGUUGGCCCGGGUGCCGGUUGGCUGGUCUGGGGUUGGACUCCGAGUCCCGGUUGGUGCUCCGGUUUUGGGUGGUCCUAGAGGUUGGUGAAGGUUGGUUCUAGCGUUGGGUGCGGUUUGGGUGGUAUGGGUUUGUUUUUGGGGCUAUGGUUGGAUUGGUUAGGUUGGUGGUGAGGUUGGGUGGUUUUAGAGUUUGGGUAAAGUUUCGGUAUAGCAAAGUUUGGGAUAGAAGUUUUGGGUUGGUCGAGGGUGAAGGUUUGGGUGGGAUCGCCUUUGGGAUUGGGUAAUUUGGAUGGAGUAAUUUGGUUGGAGGAUUGGUUGGGAGGGUCCCGGUUUGGGUGCGGUCCGUUGGUCGCGUCUCGUUGGGUUGGAUGCCUUUGGCUGGCGUUUUGGAUAGAGGCUAAAGGGUUUUGGAUAGAAGUUGGGAUGAGGUUGGGUGAGGAUGGGGAUAGAAGGUUGGGGUGGAGGAUAGCAGGUUGGGAUAGAGGAUAGAAGGUUGGGAUAGAAGGAUAGAAAGAAACCACCAGCUCAAUAACCUCAAACUGGGUUGUCACAUUCUUCUGAUGCAAUUCACUGUCUUCUCAUUACGUAACAGCGUAAAAUGUUACCGUCUUGCUUUUGAGCUGCAUGGAUAUUAUGAUCAUCUAUUCAUUACAGUCAUUAUUCAUUGGUCUCACAAUAAACACUGUUAAAUCAACAUCCAUACUAUUAUUAGUUUAAUGUCCCAGGGCAUUAUGUGGAGAUUCCUCUUCAGAAUACCCCGAACCCUGGAGAGGAGCUGGUUCACGGUGGUUUAGUUUAAUGGUGAAAUAACCGUUUUUCUCUGUGCGGCGCUGGAAAAUAUUACCCUAUGAAGUUCUCCCUUUAUAGUUCACAUAUUCCGUAGCCGGAAAAGUAUCCUCCCUGCUUUAUAAAGAGAAUGACAUCACAUUAGAAUCACCAGACCAAACCACAUAUCCUCCCUUACCAGACUGUCUCGGAGUACUGGAGUGUGCCACAGGAAGGGACAGUUAGAAAAGAGGGAAUUGGAGAGAGUGAGAUGAGGGUAAAGGGGGUUGGAUGGAAGAGAGUAAGUAAGAUGAGAUGUGUUUAUUUGAGUGAGUGUCCGUCUGUCUGAUUAGAAGAUUUCUGUUCCAGGUGGGCAUUGUGUCGUAUGGAGAGGACGUCAUUCACAAUGUCAACCUCAGCCAGUUUGAUACCACUCAAUCCCUCCUGGCCAAAGUGGCAAAACUUCCCCAGCAAACAGGUUUCAAGACUAUGACCGCCCUGGGAAUUGACACUGCAAGGUACAGUACAACAGUAAACCAGGGGUGUCUGGUCCAGUUUAGUCCUGCUGAAUUUACUUCAAUUGGACUUAAUUGAAUUGAGUUCAGUUGAGUUUAAUGUUCGAAUCAGUUAAUUAAGCAUGUCUAUUUCUUCUACUGUGUGUGAAGUGAGUGAAAAUUAAUGAAGGAUUUUCAAGUUGUUGCUCUCUUAAUGUGUAGAAUUAAUGGGUGUUUGCGUCAUAGAGAUACAAUUUAAAUUAAAUAUUCUAAUUCCUAAUUAUAUGGUUUGUGUGUCCUGAACGAGGAAAUACACUUUCCUUUGUUGAACUAGAUCUGAUGUAUAAUGCUAUUUUCCACGUCUCAUGAUCACAGGGAUAUCCCUACUUAUGCCAUGACCUUUGACAUUUAACCUCUGAUCGUCCCUGUUGACCCUUCAGGAAAGAGGCCUUCACUGUGGAGCGAGGGGCGCGGCCAGGGGUCAAGAAGGUCAUGAUAAUCGUGACGGAUGGAGAGUCACAUGACUUUUAUAACCUCGACAAGGUUGUCGAAGAAUGUGCGGAGGACGAUAUCGAGAGGUUCGGUAUCGCUGUAAGUAUAAGGCCAUCUCAAAAUUGUAAGGCCAUAAUACCUCAAUAACAACAAUACCUCAUCCAUCAUAUUGCUCACUUCAGUGAGAGCAGAGCUGUAACAGACCUUGUAGUCAGGACAAGCUCACAGUCAGGUCUCUUGACAUACUUCAAAUAAACACACCAUCCAUCACCUAGUUUAGAUGGUUCACUAGCUUGGUGCAGGCAGGAUAAGGGUUGCACAACUUUCCCCAAAUUCCCAGGUUUUCUAGAAAUCCUGGUUGGAGGCUUCUUGGAAUCAGGAGAGAAUGAGUAGGAAAGGAAUUUAGAAUUCCUCAAACUGGGAAUUUUCUAGCCUAGACAGGACCAGGUUAUGGGUUCAAGUACUGUUUCUUACAUGGACCACAUUCUGUACACUGAGUAUACCAAACAUUAGGAACGCCUUCCUAAUAUUGAGUUGCACCCCCAACCCCCUCCUUUUGCCCUCAGUUCGUUGGGGCAUGGACUCUAGAAGGUGUCGAAAGUGUUCCACAGGAAUUCUGGGCCAUGUUGACUCCAAUGUUUUACAAGUUGGCUGGAUGUCCUUUGUGUGGUGAACCUUUUUUGAUACACACAGGAAAUGUUGAGCGUGAAAAACAGUAGCGUUGCAGUUCUUGACACAAACCGGUGUGACUGGUACCUACUACCAUACCCCAUUCAAAGGCACUUAAAUAUUUUGUCUUGCCCAUUCACCCUCUGAAUGGCACACAUACAUAAUCAUGUCUCAAGGCUUAAAGAUCCUUCUUGAACCUGUCUCCUCCCCUUCAUCUACACUGAUUGAAGUGGAUUUAACAGGUGACGUCAAUAAGGGAUCAUAGCUUUCACCUGGAUUCACCUGGUCAGUCUAUGUCAUGGAAAGAGCAGGUGUUCCUAAUGUUUUGUAUACUCAGUGUAUAUUGAGUACUGUUUCUCAGACGUUAUAUCGUCAUUGAAAAUAUGAAUGACUUACCUGGAUAAAUAAAGGUUUAAAUAAAUAAAAUAAAACCUUUUUUUCAGGUGCUUGGUGAUUACAACAGGAACAACAGAAGCAUCAAGGAGGUGAAGAAGUUCAUCGAGGAGAUCCAAUCGAUCUCCAGUGAUCCUGUGGGAGAUCACUUCUUCAACGUGUCGGAUGAGUUUGCCUUGCUGAACAUCGUAGAUGCCCUGGGGAGCAGGAUCUUUGCCUUGGAGGGUAGGAUGACUCCCCUCAUUAAUCACAUUCUAUGUUUGAACUCGGUGAUAAAAGUGGCAGUGUGUAUUUAUUCUCACUUACUCACAAGCCUCUGCACUGUAACACAUAAUCGUUGAAUAAGCACUGUACAAUACCACUGACCCAAAAAGCCUUCAAGGUUCAAGAAGGUAGUAGCAAUGCUAAACCUCUACUACAGAUGUCCUCCUCUCUACAGACCUAAAUACUGGUGAAAGUGAUCAGAGAGAUUUACCAGAUUCAUAUCAACUCUACAUGGUCUUUUGAUACCCAUCGUGAUAACAAGACCACGUGACCAUGUAAUAAUGUAAUAACCCAUCAAUGUCCUUUCCACAGCAACGUCAGGUAACUACACCUCGUCCUUUGAGAUGGAGAUGUCCCAGGCUGGAUUUAGUGCCCACACCUCUGAAGUGAGUCCACUCCACACUCCUGUUUCUAUCCCUGAUUUAUUUUCCUACUAACCAACUCAUACUAACCCUAACUGGAAUCCAGGCUAGUUUCAGUGCCCGCACCUCUCCUCCUGUUUCCACCCCUGCUCUCCACUACCCUACACUGUUAAACGGGUUUCAAAAUAUGCAACUCUGCUUUCUCAACACCCAAAACACAGAGAGGCAAUAGUUGCAAGAAUUGAUCUAUUUUUUUAAAAGAUAUUUCAAGACUUUAUUUUAAUAGUGUACUAACUCCUACUAGCCAACUGGGCUAAAGGGUGCAGCAUAUUACUGUGGGGAUCGGUUUAUAGGAGAUCACGUUUGUGAAUCUGUGACUGUCCGCUGAUCGGCCCUAGUCAGAUACAGUACAGAACGAUGGUGUGUGUUGUGUUAUCUGUCAUUCACCGUCUCAUCUAUCCCUGUUUCACUGUGAUCCAACAAAUGUUCUGGAGACAUAGGGACCCUCUUUCCUCUCCGUCCUUUCAUCUCCUCUCUCAGCCCAGAGAGACCUGUGCUUUGCUAUGGGGGAAGAGAGGGAAGAACUACAAAUAUAUGUAUUUUCCGUGAGAGGAUGUUCACUUUGUCCAAACUUUGGGUGCAGUCAUCAGAGUGUGAGCAAACAUGCUCUCAUCCGGUCCGUUGAGUCAAGUUUGAGAGUGAUGAGAGAGAGAGAAAUAGUAAUAGAAGAAUGAGAGAGAAUGAGCAGUAGGAAGGAGAGAGGAGUUAUAAAGGAGAUAGAGCGAAACGGUAAGAAUAGUUCGUCGAGUCUGUAUAAUCUCGAUCUCUCUGAGAUGCUUAAAGGGGACUAGCGAUACGCGAGUCAGCGCGUUCGAGAGAUCCGCUAGAGAGUGUCUGCAGUACGCUAUCUAGAGAAAGUAUAUCUCAGGAAGUAGCGCUAUAGACUUCUACGCGUCUGAGCAACGUCAGAGAUGAUCGGAUAAGACGAGAGCAGCGACCUGAUCAGGGAGCCGACGAGCGUCGUAGAGAUCGGAGUAGUGGUUAGCUGAGCUCUUACUCGAUCUACGUCUCUGGCGAUUCUCUCUUCUGAACUCUCUGUGUUCUCUAGUCUAAAGUCGGUGCGUAUUCAGCUCUGCUCCAUAUGUCAAGUAAACCACUCGGAGAGCUGUCAUGCCCUCCUUCUCUCUCUCUCCUCUCCUGUCUAUCUCUACACUAUGUCUAUAGCCCUCAGGGCAUCAUCUACCCUGCUCCAGCUGGCUUCUCUACUACUGUUCCCUGUAGUCCAUCUCUAUCUGCUCUCGCUUUCGAGCUCUACUCGCUCUCUUUCUCUCUUCUCUCCUCUAUCCCUCCAUCUGUCCCCCUCAUGUCACCUGUAUAAACACAGCACUCCCAGCUGAGUGUGUCAUGGCCCCUGCCCUCUCCUCCCGUGCCCUCUCCUCCCCUGCCCAUGCCUCAUAUCACUUACACAAGGUUUAUAGACCCAGACAUACAGGGCCAGCAGCAUACCACCCUGCAUCCCACUGCUGGCUUUCCUCUGAAGCUAAGCUGGGUUGGUCCCUGGAUGGGAGACCAGAUGCAGCUGGAAGUGGUGUUGGAGGGCCAGUAGGAGACACUCUUUCCUCUUGUCUGAAACAAUAUCCCAAUGCCCCAGGGCAGUGAUUGGGGACAUUACCCUGUGUAGGGUGCUGUCUUUCGGAUGGGACAUUAAAUGAGUGUCCUGACUCUCUGUGGUCACUAAAGAUCCCAUUGCACUUAUCGUAAGCCCUGUGCCCAACCCCAGUCUCACUAACACUCUAAGAAUAUCUCCCUAUUGUUAAAUACUUCACCCCGUCCUGUCUUCCUGUAUCUACCGAAACAGAGUCUUCAUGUUCUAUGUGUGGGAACUGCUACUUGACACGGUGCAUUGUGACAGUUGUCACUGUGGUCUCUGGUCCCAUUUAGCUCUACUCCACUGACACUUUUCCACUUCCUGUGGGAUCUCUUCAUGUUUCCUGUGCUGUAGCAUAGCUGUCCCAUAGAGUUGGAUAGAGGUCCUCAAUGGCCCUGUCCAUGCUGUCACAGAAGACGCCAUUACAAAGACAGGAGAUGAGCUCCCUAGUAUCUCUGCGCUGUCCAUUCUGUUGCCUGUCUAAUAACGAGGACCACAAUGGAAAUAAGUUAUCUUAUCUGACUUUAUUGAGUUUUGCAUCUGACUUUAUUGUUGUACUCACGUGUGGCAACUCAGUAUGUAUUUUUAAUUUGUUAAAUAAAAGGCAUUCAUUCAUUCAUUCUCUCUUUCGUAGGAGGGUGUGAUGCUGGGUGCUGUGGGGGCGUAUGAGUGGAACGGGACAGUGGUGAUGCAUACCGACCAGGGUACCGUUGUUCCCCUAAACGCAGACUUCCAAGACCCCCUGGAUGAGAGGAAGGAGAGCCUGGCGGGGUAUGUGGGUAAGUACAUAUCAGUCCAGACCAGACACGCACACGCACACACAUACGCACGUACGCACACAGCCUGGUAGGGUACGUGAGUGAGUCCAGACCAUACAAACCACCCGCAUGGAUUGCAUUGUAUUUAUUUACCUACCAUACUGUUUUUAUAGUUUGAUUCUUGCCUUGUCCUCUGUUACUGUAGUAAUGUCUGUGUAGGUUUACAGUGUAGACCUACUGUGUUUUAUAUUUUAUAUGUACUGUACCCCUGCACAUUGACUCGGUACCGGUACGCCCUGUAUAUAGCCUCGUUAUUGUGUUACAUUUAAUACAUUUUUUUACUUUAGUUUAUUUACUAAAGAUUCUCUUAACUCUAUUUCUUGAACUGCAUUGUUGUAAGUAAGCAUUUCACGGUAAAGUCUACACCUGUUGUAUUCGGCACAUGUGACAAAUAACAUUUGAUUUGAUUUUAUGAACCAACACAUGAAGUUCCCUGAAGGGAAAAAUAAAGUAAAGUAGAAAAAAGUAUUUUAAUUUUCAAUGGAACUGAAGACAGUUAAAGCUGCAAUAUGUAACUUUUUGGGCGACCCAAAAUAAAUGUAAGUUAUAGAUCUGUCAUUCUCAGUAAAAGCAAGUCUAAGAAGCAGUAGAUCUGUUCUAUGUGGACUAUUUCUAUGCUUCCCGGUCUGAAGUUUCAUUUUGCGUCUUUUACUUUCAGUUUUGUACACCAACUUCAAACAGUUGAAAAUCAAAUAUUUUUGGUUAUUGGAAAUUAUACUGUAUUUCACAGCUGUUUAGAUGGUACAAUGAUUCUCUACACUAUAGUUGCUUGUUUUGUCACAUAAAACUAAAAUUAGGUGAACUAUUAGAAUUUUAGCAACCAGGAAAUGGCGGAGCGAUUUCUGCAUAGUGCAUCUUUAAGAAGAACAGCUACUUAUUUAGACUACGGUACAAUGACAACCUGUACUGGCACUGGAAACUAGACAGUGGGCCAAGUCCUUAGUGCCUCCCAGCUCCUGUAUAAACAGCACAGGUCCAGCACCAUCAAUCUAAAAUAGACAGAAACAUGGACUGCGUCCCCAUAUGGCAUCCUGUUCCAUUCAUAUUACUCUACUCUUGACCAGAGCGCUAUGGGCCCUGGUCAAGAGUAGUGCACUAUAUAGGGAAUAGGGUGGUUUUUGGGAUGCAGGUAUGCUUAUACUCUAACUGAAAUAACAGACACACAGGGUUAACAGUAGCCCACCUCACCCACUCAUACCUUUUUAAUUGAAUUUAUUUUAUUUUGGCUAACAGACAUAUACAACAGAAUGUACAAUGUGGACCCAGAGGAUAUGACUUGAAACUAUUAAUUAAAACGCUUGUUCCCAAAGUGGUCCUCGAUGGUAGAACAAUAACACAUAUAAUGAUUAAAAGGCUAGACAAAAUGACAAACAACCAUAAAUACAUUCAUUUAUAUUGACGUCCUAAACAGUGGCACUAUUCACUGCACUUUUCCCUAACCUUAAGAAUCAACCAUAUUAAUUUCACAUUUCAACCUUAAAAAACAAUCUACUCGCUCUGGAUAAGAGCGUCUGCUAAAUUACUUAAAUGUAAAGAAUAUCUAUUCAUGGCACAUCAUACCUAUCGUUCAAAUAAAUACACCUGACCAGCAGUAGGGGGCACAAGGGGCAGUGGGCCACAGUGAAGACGCUGUGAGGGAUUCAAGAAUAACGUUAAAGAAAAGUGUCAUCGAGAACAAUCUGUGUGGUUGUUCGUUUCAGACAAACUCAAACACUGGCAGAGUUACAUCAGAUCAUUAUAAACUCAUUUCGGUACAGUGUUCAGAGAAUGAACCACACACACACACACCGUGACACACACACACACACACACACACACACUCCUCUCUGUUCUUCAGUGUUUUACUGCUUCCUCGAGACCUUAGGACUAUAAGGUUCUAGCUGACAUUUUUGUCAAAAAUGUGUUAGUCACAUAUAAUUGAUAUUGAGAUGUUUCUUUAUGUCUGUGAAGUUAGUUUUCUUUUUACUACAAAGUUCUAUCUGCAUAAACCCAUUUGAAGGUGGCGCUAUAAGGUUCUAUCUGCAAUCCAAUCACAAGCCUGAACAAAUACAGACGGACUAAUCAGAACACAUCUUUGCCAUCUCCCUCUAAGUAUGGUCUAAGCUAGUCUAGCCAUAAUGGAAUGCAAGAAAAAAAAAUUACUGUCAAAUCUUUAGGUAAAUGAUGUUGUCACAUCAUUGUUCAGUGAUAACAGUAAUUUGUCUGAUCAUAAUACAUUUCUUAAUGUAUUCGAUGAUGUGUUCUUACUAUCGUGGUAAAAAUGUGUUAUUCUAUCAUUUAUGUAUUUAAAUAGCUACAGUUUUCUUGAAAACAGAACAUGUCUAAUUCAGAAGUGUCAAAUAGAACCUUAUGGCUCAACCCAGAUUGACAUUUCAGAGCCAUAAGGUUCUAUCUGCGAUUACACCCCCCUAAAAAAACGGAUUUACAAGUGCUUCAGGAUUUUGAUAGUCUUCACUUUAGGUGAGGACCUUAAUGGGUUAUGAAAGAAGAAUUCACUACAAAACAGUUCUGAGAUCUGGUAUGUGAAAACUUUUAUGCUCAAUAUCUCACAACUAUGCUUUGCGCACAUAGAACCUUAUAGUCCCAAGGUCACGUCCUCUUAACAAUGAGACUAAACUAAGCUAAUGCCAGGAGGAAGAUGUACUAAAAUAACCCACUAAUAGAGACACGCUGUGUCCUUAAGCUAUGGUCAUGAACUGCUCUAAUGUGUGUGUGUGUGUGUGUGUUUAUCUGCCGUAUCUGCAGGUUAUGCCGUACAGUCAGCAUCAACUCCUAACGGUGUGUUAUACAUCACGGGGGCACCGCGGUACAACCACACAGGCAGAGUCAUUGUGUACAAACUGGAUGGGAAACACACCACAGUCACACAAGUACUGAAAGGAGAGCAGGUGUGUUCAGUUAUCAUUCAUCCAUCUUCCACCACCAUCUCAUAAUACACAUCUUUACAUUAUGUAGGUUGUUUUGCCGAACUCAAGGGUUAGGGUUAGACACCGCAGUGUGGGAAGAGACUAUACAUUCUGUAACCAACGCCACACAAACUGGUUGAGGACAUCAUUCGUAUACAUUAGAUAGGAAUGGACUGAGAGUCUGAAAGGUGAGCAGAAAAUAAAGUACUGUAAUUGUAUUUGAAAGCAUACAAUUCAGAUUAGGUCCCUGAUGUCAAGGCAUGAGCUCAUACUGUGUUUCUACUUUAGUUUGAGAUUCAGAAGAGGUUAAGGUUAUAUUAUAAACUGGGUCGUUCGAGCCCUGCGUGCUGAUUGGCUGAAAGCCGUGGUAUAUUUAAGCAAUAAGGCACGAGGAGGUGUGGUAUAUUUUUUACAUUUUAGGCAUUUAGUAGACGCUCUUAUCCAGCGCGACUUACAGUUCGUGAGUGCAUACAUUUUCAUACUGGCCAAUAUACCACGGCUAAGGACUGUUCUUACGCACGACGCAACACAGAGUAUACCACAAAUCCCUGAUGUGCCUUAUUGCUAUUAUAAACUGGUUAACAAUGUAAUUAGAGCAGUAAAAAUAAAUGUUUUGUCUUGCCUAUUCACCCUCUGAAUGGCACACAUACACAAUCCAUGUCUCAAUUGUCUCAAUGCUUAAAAAUCCUUCUUUAACCUGUCUACUCUCCUUCAUCUACACUGAUUGAAGUGGAUUUAACAAGUGACAUCAAUAAGGGAUCAUAGUUGUCACUGGAUUCGCCUGGUCAGUCUAUGUCAUGGAAAGAGCAGGUGUUCUUAAUGUUUUGUAUACUCAGUGGAUAUACUAUAUACCACAUCCCCUCUGACAUUAUUGCUUAAUUAAAUUAAAACAUGAGCUGUCUGUCUCCUGUAGAUUGACUCCUACUUUGACCUCUGUCUGUCUCCUGUAGAUUGACUCCUACUUUGACCUCUGCCUGUCUCCUGUAGAUUGACUCCUACUUUGACCUCUGCCUGUCUCCUGUAGAUUGACUCCUACUUUGACCUCUGUCUGUCUCCUGUAGAUUGACUCCUACUUUGACCUCUGCCUGUCUCCUGUAGAUUGACUCCUACUUUGACCUCUGCCUGUCUCCUGUAGAUUGACUCCUACUUUGACCUCUGCCUGUCUCCUGUAGAUUGACUCCUACUUUGACCUCUGUCUGUCUCCUGUAGAUUGACUCCUACUUUGACCUCUGUCUGUCCCCUGUAGAUUGACUCCUACUUUGACCUCUGCCUGUCUCCUGUAGAUUGACUCCUACUUUGACCUCUGCCUGUCUCCUGUAGAUUGACUCCUACUUUGACCUCUGUCUGUCUCCUGUAGAUUGACUCCUACUUUGACCUCUGUCUGUCCCCUGUAGAUUGACUCCUACUUUGACCUCUGCCUGUCUCCUGUAGAUUGACUCCUACUUUGACCUCUGCCUGUCUCCUGUAGAUUGACUCCUACUUUGACCUCUGCCUGUCUCCUGUAGAUUGACUCCUACUUUGACCUCUGUCUGUCUCCUGUAGAUUGACUCCUACUUUGACCUCUGUCUGUCCCCUGUAGAUUGACUCCUACUUUGACCUCUGCCUGUCUCCUGUAGAUUGACUCCUACUUUGACCUCUGUCUGUCUCCUGUAGAUUGAUUCCUACUUUGACCUCUGCCUGUCUCCUGUAGAUUGACUCCUACUUUGACUCUGUCUGUCCCCUGUAGAUUGACUCCUACUUUGACCUCUGUCUGUCUCCUGUAGAUUGAUUCCUACUUUGCCUCUGCCUGUCUCCUGUAGAUUGACUCCUACUUUGACCUCUGUCCCGUCUCCUGUAGAUUGACUCCUACUUUGACCUCUGUCUGUCUCCUGUAGAUUGACUCCUACUUUGACCUCUGCCUGUCUCCUGUAGAUUGACUCCUACUUUGACCUCUGUUGUCUCCUGUAGAUUGACUCCUACUUUGACCUCUGCUGUCUCCUGUAGAUUGACUCCUACUUUGACCUCUGCCUGUCUCCUGUAGAUUGACUCCUACUUUGACCUCUGCCUGUCCCUGUAGAUUGACUCCUACUUUGACCUCUGUCUGUCUCCUGUAGAUUGACUCCUACUUUGACCUCUGUCUGUCCCCCUGUAGAUUGACUCCUACUUUGACCUCUGCUGUCUCCUGUAGAUUGACUCCUACUACUUGGCUGUGUGCUCUACUUGACGGUGGAUGUCUCCAGGACUCCUACCUUGACCUCUCCUUUCUGGUGGAGAGACUCCUAUGUUCAUUGGCCUUCCGAGAUGACCCUACUUGACCUCUGCGUGUCUCCAAUACUCCAAUUGACCGUCUGUCUGUAGGUUGAUUACUUCACCUGUCUUCCCCUGUAAUUACUCUAUGUUGAACUCAGUCUUCUCCUGUAAGAUUGAUUUAACUUACUCUGUAUCCUGUUGUUGACCACUUUGACUCUGUCUGUUCCAUGUAAUUGAACUCCUACAAAUCAAAAUCUAUUCUGUCCCCUUAUUUAGAGCUCUACGUUUACUUGCUGUUUGUAGUGAAACUUGCUUGUGUUCCUUUGAUUUCCAACUUUGCACGUUAGUGUCUAACACAUUCAAAAUACUCCACUUUACCUAACUGCCUGGAAUCUCCUGUAGAAUUACUCCUACUUUACCCUUCGAGCUUUUUCGUGGAUUGACUAAAUUUAGACUCGGUUUCCGUAAUUACCCCUUGACUGCAGUACUGCCUGUAGAUUGAAUCCUACUGACCUGUGUUCCUUAAAUUUAUGCCAUUGACCUUGCCUGUCUCCUGUAGAUUGACUCUCUAACUUUGACCUCUGUCUGUCUCCUGUAGAUUGACUCCUACUUGACCUCUGUCUGUCCCCUUAGAUAGAUUGACUCCUACUUGACCUCUGCCUGUUCCUCCUGUGAUUGACCCUACUUUGACCUCUGCCUGUCUCCUGUAGAUUGACUCCUACUUUGACCUCUGCCUGUCUCCUGUAGAUUGACUCCUACUUUGACCUCUGUCUGUCUCCUGUAGAUUGGCUCCUACUUUGGCAGUGUGCUCCAGACGGUGGAUGUUGACCAGGACUCCUACACAGACAUCCUUCUGGUGGGAGCUCCUAUGUUCAUGGGCCCCGAGAGGAACGAACAGGGACAGGUGUACGUCUACAAACUCAAUGAGGUGUGUGUGUGUGCAUGUACUUCACCUGAUUCAUCAUAGUAAAUUAUGUUCAAACAUCAAGGUCAUAUCAUUCAUGUAACUAUUUAACAUUACUACUAUAUUGUUGUUGCACUUUGGGGGUAUGUGUGUUAUCAUAGAAAUAUAAUUCAAAUCAAAUCAAAAUGUAUUCGUCACAUACACUUAUUUAGCAGAUGUUAUUGCGGGUGUAGCGAAAUGCUUGUGUUCCUAGUUCCAACAGUGCAGUAGUAUCUAACAAUUCACAACAAUACACACAAAUCUAAAACUAAAAGAAUGGAAUUAAGAAAUAUAUCAAUAUUAGGACGAGCAAUGUUGGAGUGGCAUUGACUAAAAUACAGUAGAAUAGAGUUCAGUAUAUACAUAUGAGAUGAGUAAAGCAGUAUGUAAACAUUACUAAAGCGACUAGUGUUCCAUUAUUAAAGUGGCCAGUGAUUCCAUGUCUAUGUAUAUAGGGCAGCAGCCUCUAAGGUGCAGGGUUAAGUAACCGGCUGGUAGCCGGCUAGUGAUGGCUAUUUAACAGUCUGAUGGCCUUGAGAUAGAAGUUGUUUUUCAGUCUCUCGGUCCCAGCUUUGAUGCACCUGUACUGACCUCGCCUUCUGGAUGGUAAUGGGUUGAACAGGCCGUGGCUCGGGUGGUUGAUGUCCUUGAUGAUCUUUUUGGCCUUCCUGUGACGCCGGGUGCUGUAGGUGUCCUAGAGGGUAGACAGUGUGCCCCCGGUGAUGCGUUGGGCAGACCGCACCACCCUUUGGAGAGCCCAGAGGUUGCGGGCGAUGCAGUUGCCGUACCAGGCGGUGAUACAGCCCGACAGGAUGCUCUCAAUUGUGCAUCUGUAAAAGUUUGAGGGUCUUAGGGGCCAAGCCGAAUUUCUUCAGCCUCCUGAAUUUCUUCAGCCUCCUGAAUUAUAUCUCUAUGUGUGUUAUAGUAUGAAGGGACAGAGGCAUAGCGGUCUAAUGAUGUGCACCAAACAUCUAUGUGUUACUCAACAGCUCCCCCCCCCUCCCCUCUCUCCCUCCCUUCCUACCUAGAAGGGCCUAUUUGAGCACCAGACCACGCUGAAGCCAGACAACCAGAUGUGUUGUACCUCGGCCCACUCCCACGGCUGCACCAUCGUCAACACCAACGACCCGUGUGGCGCCCGCUUCGGCACCUGCCAUCGCAGAAGUCAGUGACCUGGACCUGGAUGGGAACCGGGACGUGGCCAUCGGGGCGCCGCUGGAGAACGACCACAAAGGGGCCGUCUACAUCUACCAUGGAGCCAAGAAGACCAUCAAGGAAAAAUAUGUGCAGGUAAAGAAAGACAAGACCAUGUGUUCUCCGACUAUUCUACAGUAAGAUGACAGUAUUAAGAGUAUACAGUAAAAGUGAGAGUUGUUAAUGUUAGCCUUCUGAAAGUGUGUGUGUGCUGGUGUGGUUUUAGCGUAUCCCAGGCCCUGGAGAUGGGGUGAAGACUAAGUUCUUUGGCCAGUCGAUCCAUGGAGUCAUGGAUCUGAACGGAGACGGAAUUAUAGACAUUACCAUCGGAGGGCUGGGAGGGGCUUCUCUGUUCGUGUGAGUGUUUUUGGGCCCAGCCUUUUUUCCAAAAAAACACGACCCACCCCGCACCCCCGACAAAAAACAAAAAAACCCCAAAACCACAAAAAAAAACACCCAAACCACGCACCGAUACCCCCACACACACAACCCCCCGGGGCCCAAAAAACACACACCAAAAACCGAAACCCCCAAACCCCCACCCCCCACACCCCACACCCAAACCCCCCCCCAACCCCCCCCCCCUCCCCGCCCCCCCUUUUAAAAAAACCGCCCCCCCCCAGCCGGCCCCCCCAAGCCGCCGCCCCCCCCGCCGGCCCCGCCCCCCCCAAAAAACCCCCGGGGGGCCCCCCCCCCUCCCAAAAAAAAGGGGAAUUUUUUAUUAAAAAAUUAUUGGUUUUUAAAAAUGGGUUUUAAUUUUUUCCAAAAACCCCCCUUUUUUUCAAAACCCCCCCUUCUUUUCCCGAAAAAAGGGAAAAAAACCCCAAAAAAAAGGGGGAAAAAAAAAAAAGGGGGGGGGGGGGGGGGCCCCCCCCCCGGGGGGGGGGCCCCCCCCUUUAAAUUUUUUUUUUGGGGGGGUUUUUUUUUUUGGGGGGGGGUUUUUUUUUUUGGGCCCCCCUUUUUUUUUUUUUUUUUUUUUCCCCUUUUUUUUUCUCUUUUUUUUUAGGGUUUCUUUUUUUGUUCCCCUUUUUUUUCUUUGCUUUUUCUUCUUUUCCCUUUUUUUUUUUUUUUUCUCUUCCCCUUUUUUUUUCCCCCAUUUUUUUCUUUCUUCUUGUCUUUCUUUAGUGGCCCCCCUUUCGGGUGACCCCCCCUUUUUUGCCCCCUCUUUCAGCAACAGGUAGUGACCGGGCUGUUGAAAAACCCCUAAAACCCAAAACUCAAAAACAUAUUUACCUUUUGGGUUCUUCCUCGUUCGGGUGGUUUUGGGAACGGGGGUACCCCGUUUGAGGGGGCGGGGAAAGGGGGGGCCUUGCUAAAGAGGGUCUGUGGACCCCCAACACACACCACGCCGACCCCCGCACCCACCAGACCCACGCACCCCCAAACACACGCAUGACCACACACCACACACUCCACUAACUAGUUAGUAAUAGCAGUAACUUUAUUCAUCUAUCAAAGACUGUCACUUUGGUUACACAGCUGUGUCCUUUCAGGAUUUGGGAACAACAAACACCUUCCUGUCCUGUCAAAAACCUGGUCCAUCUCUUCCUCAUGGAGGACGAUAGCUGGAUGAGAAGAAGAGACGUCUAGCAGAAUGAAGAGAAGCCGAAGAGAUAGCGAACGCCGCGACAGCAGAUGACACUGAGAGAGACCGCAGCGCGAAGAGCGCUCAUCGAACGUAGAUCAGCGACUAGAUGCCGUACCGGAGAGGGGAGGAGAAGAGGCGAAGUGAGAGGAGAGGAGCGGAGAGGAGAGAGGGAAGGAGGACUAGUGAGAGGCAGGGUGAGUGCGGAGAGGAAGGAGAGCGAGAUUGCUGAGAGAGAGGAGAUAGGCGUCGUCUAGUUCUUAUUCGUAGGUCGAGGACGCUUCGUCUGCUUGGCGUCGCUCUAUAAGUGAUAUCCUAGUCGUUUUCGUUCUUGCUUAUCUUCUCUAUCUUUCUCUUCUUUCUGUUAGCUCUCUCUUCUUAUCUAUCUUCUCUUCCUCUUCUCUUCUCUUCUCUUCUCUUCUCUUGUCUUGUCUUCUGGAGAUGAGCCCACACAUUUCAGGGAUGACCCCAGCCAGGGAUCCUUCACGCCCACUCAGUUUCAGCUGGAACAGGCCUAGUUGACCAGGGCUGUGUGAAAAACUCAAACUCCCAAGAGGCAUAGCUCUUAAAACAUGAUUUGGCAGCUCUUCCUCCUGGGUUCUUGGCCCUCUGCUUAACAGAGCGUGGCUGUAGAGAGAGCGGGAGUCACUCCUCUGCUUAACAGAGCGGGGCUGUAGAGAGAGCUGGAGUCACUCCUCUGCUUAACAGAGCGUGGCUGUAGAGAGAGCGGGAGGCACUCCCUGCUUAAACAGAGCGUGGCUGUAGAGAGAGCGGGAGUCACUCCUCUGCUUAACCAGAGCGGGGCUUGUAGAGAGAGCGGGAGUCACUCCUCUGCUUAACAGAGCUUGGCUGUAGGAGAAGAGAGAGCGGGAGUCACUCCUCUGCUUAACAGAGCGUGGCUGUUAGAGAGAGCGGGAGUCACUCCUCUGCUUAACAGAGCGUGGCUGUAGAGAGAGCGGGAGUCACUCCUCUGCUUAACAGAGCGUGGCUGUAGAGAGAGCGGGAGUCACUCCUCUGCUUAACAGAGCGUGGCUGUAGAGAGAGCGGGAGUCACUCCUCUGCUUAACAGAGCGUGGCUGUAGAGAGAGCGGGAGUCACUCCUCUGCUUAACAGAGCGUGGCUGUAGAGAGAGCGGGAGUCACUCCUCUGCUUAACAGAGCGUGGCUGUAGAGAGAGCGGGAGUCACUCCUCUGCUUAACAGAGCGUGGCUGUAGAGAGAGCGGGAGUCACUCCUCUGCUUAACAGAGCGGGGCUGUAGAGAGAGCGGGAGUCACUCCUCUGCUUAACAGAGCGGGGCUGUAGAGAGAGCGGGAGUCACUCCUCUGCUUAACAGAGCGGGGCUGUUAGAGAGAGCGGGAGUCACUCCUCUGCUUAACAGAGCGGGGCUGUAGAGAGAGCGGGAGUCACUCCUCUGCUUAACAGAGCGUGGCUGUAGAGAGAGCGGGAGUCACUCCUCUGCUUAACAGAGCGGGGCUGUAGAGAGAGCGGGAGUCACUCCUCUGCUUAACAGAGCGGGGCUGUAGAGAGAGCGGGAGUCACUCCUCUGCUUAACAGAGCGUGGCUGUAGAGAGUUAGAGAGUCACUCCCUAAUUCCAGAGCAUCCAUGGCAGUGGGCCUAACAGUGGCUCUAACAGUUUGAUACUGCAACUGGAGAACAUACAGUGCAUUCUGAAAAAGUAUUCAGACCCCUUCCCUUUUUCCACAUUUUGUUAUCAAUCUACACACAAUACCCAAUAAUGACAAAGUGAAAACAGGUUUAUAGAAAUUCUUGCAAAUUUAUUAAAAGUUAAAAACAGAAAUACCUUAUUUACAGAAGUAUUCAGACCCUUUGCUAUGAGUCAUGAAAUGGACCUCCUGUUUCCAUUUAUCAUCCUUGAGAUGUUUCUACAACUUGAUUGGAGUCCAUCUGUGGUAAAUUCAAUUGAUUGGACAUGAUUUGGAAAGGCACACACCUGUCUAUAUAAGGUUGCACAGUUGACAGUGGAUGUCAGAGCAAAAAGCAAGCCAUGAGGUCGAAAGAAUUGUCUGUAGAGCUCCAAGACAGGAUUGUGUCGAGGCACAGAUCUGGGGAAGCAUACCAAAAAAUGUCUGCAGCAUUGAAGGUCCCCAAGAACACAGUGGCCUUCAUCAUUCUUAAAUGGAAGAAGUUUGGAACCACCAAGACUCUUCCUAGAGCUGGUCACCUGGCCAAACUGAACAAUAGGGGGAGAAGGGCCUUGGUCAGGGAGGUGACCAAGAACCCAAUGGUCACGCUGACAUAGCUCCAGAGUUCCUCUGUGGAGAUGGGGGAACCUUCCAGAAGGACAAUCAUCUCUGCAGCACUCUACUAAUCAGGCCUUUAUGGUAGAGUGGCCAGACAGAAGCCACUCCUCAGUAAAAAAGGCACAUGACAGCCCGCUUGGAGUUUUCCAAAAGGCACCUAAAGGACUCUCAGACCAUGAGAAACAAGAUUCUCUGGUCUGAUGAAACCAAGAUUGAACUCUUUGGCCUGAAUGCCAAGCGUCACAUCUGGAGGAAACCUGGCACCAUCACCUUCCAACAGGACAACGACCCUAAGCACACAGCCAAGACAAUGCAGGAGUGGCUUCGGGACAUGUCUUUGAGUGGCCCAGCCAGAGCCCGGACUUGAACCCGAUCUAACAUCUCUGGAGAGACCUGAAAAUAGCUGUGCAGCGACGCUCCCCAUCCAACCUGACAGAGCUUGAGAGGAUCUGCAGAGAAGAAUGGGAGAAACUCCCCAAAUACAGGUUUGCCAAGUUUGUAGCGCAUACCCAAGAAGACUCGAGGCUGUAAUCGCUGCCAAAAAUACUUCAACAAAGUACUGAGGAAAGGGUCUGAAUACUUAUGUAAAUGUGAUAUUUGUAUUUUUGCUUUGUCAUUAUGGGGUAUUUAAUCCAUUUUAGAAUAAGGCUGUAACGUAACAAAAUGUGGAAAAAGUCAAGGGGUCUGAAUACUUUCCAAUUCCACUGUAUAACUCAUUUAUGGAUAUUUUUGUAGAGCCGCCAUGGCCGGCGACGUGGUUAGCACACAUCUUUACAUAAGAAUUUAAUAAAGUGUUUUUAAUUUGAUUUUGAGGUUUACUGUAUAAAGAAUUAUAGCAAUACCAUUUUGGCUACUUUUUUUUUUAAGUUUAAUUCACAGUUCAUUGAUUAUUGUAACAGUUUCAUAUGCCAGUUACAAGUUUCUGAAUUUCUGUUUGUCAUUCAGGUCCAAGGAUGUUGCUGAGCUUUAUGCCAACAUGACCUUUGACCCAAGCAAGAUCAACCUACAGCAGCCCACUAAAGACUGUGUGCUGGGUGGGAGAGACACCGUGUGUGUGAAGACCAGUGUCUGCUUUAGCUACAGCGUCAAGUCUGAGAAGGACCACACUAACUUGGGCACAGGUGAGAGUCUGAUAAAUGUACUUCCAGUAUGUUUGAAUGUUUACAGUGUAAACACUUCAAUUAAAUGCAAUGAUUGUAACUGACUCUGGAUAAGAGCAUCUGCUAAAGGAGUAAAAUAUAAACUGUAAACCAGACAGUCUUUUCUCCAGGAUUUCUGGAAAACCUGAGAAUUAUGGGAAAGUUACCGGAUUUGGUGUUUGUUGUGUUUCAGCCAUUAAGUACAACCUGACUCUGGACUCUCUGAGGGCGAAGUCGAGGGCAGCGUUUGUCAACUCUGAUGAGAAGAGUGAGAGGAAGGUCCAGGCCAUCGUCAACAUCAUAGACACUCUGUGUCUGGAGCAUUCCUUUGCCAUGAAGGCAAGUAAAUCCUUCCUCAAUCAGCCUGGUCAACAUGAAGAGAGGAGGGAGAGAGGAGGGAGAGAGGAGGAAGAGAGGAGGGAGGGAGGGAGGGAGAGAGGAGGGAGGGAGAGAGGAGGGAGGGAGAGAGGAGGGAGAGGAAGAGAGCCCAUAGAAGAAGAAAAAAUUCCCUCUCUUACAUACUAGUAGAACACUGUUGAAUGUGCUACUGGCUGCAGAGUUUGAACCAGAGAGGGAAAAUGGGUUACAAUUUUCAUUGUGAUAGCAUCAGAUAAAGCUUUUAGCCUGGCCCCAGAUCGGUUUGUUCUGUAUAGUCAACUCCUAUGUUUGGCAUGACAUGACCAUAGGAGUUGAUUGGCAAAACAGCACAAAGCCUGGGACCAGGCUAAAGGGCCAUUAGUAUCUCAGUAGACUGGCCAGUGAAUGCAGUGGAUGGAUGUACAGUAUGGUAGGAAAGCUCUUAACAUGAAAGCGGAGACAGAUCUCCUUCCCUUGAUCAAAGGUAAAAUCAUCUCCAGUAAAACAACCCCUUUUACAAAAGGUCCAUUACUGUAGAUACAAGCAUUCGGCUUAAAAGAGGCCUAGAAAUCAAUUCACAUUACAUUGAUUGUUAAUUGUUUUACUGAGUUUUGUAGCAGAUAGUAGUACAAUAUAAGGUUUUAGUGAGAAUGUCAGAUGAAAAGAACAGAGGAGAGAGGGAAAAGAGACAGGAGGGAGGGAGGGAGUCUGGUACACCACGUAGCCAGACAGAUCACAUGCUGUCUAUCCCACCUGGAACAUAGCUGCUGUCUGAUAGAGACUGACACACAGAACCCACAUUGUCCUCCCAGGGGGAGAACUAAUAGACAUGCAGCCCUCGUAAUCCAGAGGGACUACUGAUAACAGGGCGGGUUAUACAUACAUGUGUAUUGUUAGAUAUUACUGCACUGUUGCACACUAGGAACACAAACAUUUCGUUACACCCGCAAUAACAUCUGCUAAAUAUGUGUAUGCGACCAAUAACAUUUGAUUUGAUACAGCGAAUGAGAUAUAAAGCAUACAGAAGACAACAGUACAUAAGAUGAGAAAUACUGACAUUUAAUAAAAAUGCAUUUUUUAAAAACGAUACUGUACUCUGACAGUAAGCAAAAGCUUGUCUAAGUACAGCUAAGAGUGUAGAGUACAUACAUUGUUCAUAUAAUUACAUUAUCCCCUCUUCCUUGCAGGCUAAACUGGACUUCAGAGACCCCAUCAUGGUCUCCCUAGAGUUUGGUCUGGCUGAGGACACAGGCCCUGUCCUGGAUGGAGACUUACCAACGUCACUCAACAAAACGGUACAAUGAACCACACUGCGGCAGAUUUAACACACAAGCACACACACAAACCAGUAACUUUUGUCUUUCCAUUAAUUUUGUUUAGCUUGGCUUGCUUCCCUCUUUAGCCACUACAGGCCCUCCUUGGCUAACAAUACGUGUGUGCAUGCAAACAUCUGAUUUUCUUACCUUACUUUGAUUAGACCUCAGCUAUCAUAUAUUGCAACAGUGAAUCGGCACAAUGUGAGCAGAGUAGUCAGGAAUCCGUACUUUACACACUCAUACAGUCUGGCUCCUUCUAGCACUGUAGAGUAUGAAUAUCCUCUCCAACGGCUGUCCUCCAUCCAUCACUAGUUCCUAUCAGAGGCUCUAAAACACUGACAGACGGUUAUCCUGUUCCUAUAGUGCAGCUCCCACACACAUCGUUUUAAUGAGUUGUUUGGCAGAGGGACGGAGGGAGCCAAAACAUGUAGCUGGAUGAUAACACCGUGGUACAACAGGAUGUUAACACGGUGAUAGAACAGGAUGAUAACACUGUGGUACAACAGGAUGUUAACACAGUGGUAGAACAGGAUGAUAACACCGUGGUACAACAGGAUGUUAACACAGUGGUAGAACAGGAUGAUAACACCGUGGUACAACAGGAUGUUAACACAGUGAUAGAACAGGAUGAUAACACUGUGGUACAACAGGAUGUUAACACAGUGGUAGAACAGGAUGAUAACACCGUGGUACAACAGGAUGUUAACACAGUGGUAGAACAGGAUGAUAACACAGUGGUAGAACAGGAUGUUAACACAGUGGUAGAACAGGAUGUUAACACAGUGGUAGAACAGGAUGUUAACACAGUGGUAGAACAGAGAUUCCAUGAGGACUCGAGUUCCUCAACACAAUACAGGGUGUGAUGUCAUCCAAGUUGCAUGUCUGUUUUGUCAGUUAGCACAUGUUCACUGUCUCUCAUGCUAUAAACACACCACAACACUCUCAGUACAACACACCACACCACUCUCAGUACAACACACCACACCACUCUCAGUACAACACACCACACCACUCUCAGAACAACACACCACACCACUCUCAGUACAACACACCACACCACUCUCAGUACAACACACCACACCACUCUCAGAACAACACACCACACCACUCUCAGUACAACACACCACACCACUCUCAGUACAACACACCACACCACUCUCAGUACAACACACCACACCACUCUCAGAACAACACACCACACCACUCUCAGAACAACACACCACACCACUCUCAGUACAACACACCACACCACUCUCAGUACAAACACACCACACCACUCUCAGUACAACACACCACACCACUCUCAGUACAACACACCACACCACUCUCAGUACAACACACCACACCACUCUCAGUACAACACACCACACCACUCUCAGUACAACACACCACACCACUCUCAGUACAACACACCACACCACUCUCAGUACAACACACCACAACCACUCUCAGUACAACACACCACACCACUCUCAGAACAACACACCACAACACUCUCAGUACAACACACCACACCACUCUCAGUACAACACACCACACCACUCUCAGUACAACACACCACACCACUCUCAGUACAACACCACCACACCACUCUCAGUACAACACACCACACCACUCUCAGUACAACACACCACACCACUCUCAGUACAACACACCACAACACUCUCAGUACAACACACCACACCACUCUCAGUACAACACACCACACCACUCUCAGUACAACACACCACAACACUCUCAGUACAACACACCACACCACUCUCAGAACAACACACCACAACACUCUCAGUACAACACACCACACCACUCUCAGUACAACACACCACACCACUCUCAGUACAACACACCACACCACUCUCAGUACAAACACACCACACCACUCUCAGAACAACACACCACACCACUCUCAGUACAACACACCACACCACUCUCAGUACAACACACCACACCACUCUCAGUACAACACACCACACCACUCUCAGUACAACACACCACACCACUCUCAGUACAACACACCACACCACUCUCAGUACAACACACCACACCACUCUCAGUACAACACACCACACCACUCUCAGAACAACACACCACACCACUCUCAGUACAACACACCACACCACUCUCAGUACAACACACCACACCACUCUCAGUACAACACACCACAACACUCUCAGUACAACACACCACACCACUCUCAGAACAACACACCACAACACUCUCAGUACAACACACCACACCACUCUCAGUACAACACACCACACCACUCUCAGUACAACACACCACACCACUCUCAGUACAACACACCACACCACUCUCAGUACAACACACCACACCACUCUCACACCACUCUCAGUACAACACACCACACCACUCUCAGAACAACACACCACACCACUCUCAGUACAACACACCACACCACUCUCAGUACAACACACCACACCACUCUCAGUACAACACACCACAACACUCUCAGAACAACACACCACUACACUCUCAGUACAACACACCACACCACUCUCAGUACAACACACCACACCACUCUCAGUACAACACACCACACCACUCUCAGUACAACACACCACACCACUCUCAGUACAACACACCACACCACUCUCAGUACAACACACCACACCACUCUCAGUACAACACACCACACCACUCUCAGAACAACACACCAGACCACUCUCAGUACAACACACCACACCACUCUCAGUACAACACACCACACCACUCUCAGUACAACACACCACACCACUCUCAGUACAACACACCACAACACUCUCAGUACAACACACCACAACACUCUCAGUACAACACACCACACCACUCUCAGUACAACACACCACUCAGGAUCAUUGAGUUCAUUCUGUGAUACUAGAGGAGGGGUCCUGUUAUUGUUAGUGGAGAGCAGAGAUGGGACAAACAAACACACACAUGCUCUCUAACGUGCACGGACGCAAGCUCACUCACACACACACACACAUAUAUACACACACACACACACACACACACCAGAGGAAACUGGUGGGAGGAGCUAUAGGAGGACAGGCUCAUUGUAAUAGUUGGAAUGGAAUUGAAUUGAUGGAAUGGAGUCAAACAUUUGUUUUCCAUAUGUUUGAUACCGUUCCAUUCAUUGCAUUCCAGCUAUUACAAUGAGCCUGUCCUCCUAUAGCUCCUCCCACCAGUUUCCUCUGACACACACACACUUAUCAAGUGGAAGCGCUAUGUUUUCCCUGAGACAUCGUAUGGCAUCCCAGAACGUCAUUCCUGAGAGCAGACAGUGUUGCUCUAGUCAUCAUUCCAAUGACACUGGGAAUGGGAACCAAUGGGAUUUUGACUCCCAAACGUUUGGGAAGGAAAAACAAAGGACUCUUUCAGUCAAAAAACAAACAAGAACACAGACAAUUCACUGUCUCUUGAUGCAAUCACUAAAGCGAGUGAAUUAGUUUUCGACUGCUUUCUUGCUAGUGCUGUCUUGUACAUGGUCUAGCCUAUAUUGCUUGUAACCAUGCACAUGUCAUUCAGAUUCCUUUGGUGGACUGUGGGAGCGAUGACAAGUGCAUAGCUGACCUAUCCCUGAAGGCUGUGCCAAGUAUACAAAGGUAUUUUCACAAAGAUUGUAUUCUUUCAAGCCAUCUAACUGUCAUGAUUUUGUGGCAGUUAUGUGGUAAUUCAGUGCUAGGUAUGUUGCCCUUGUACUUUAGUGCCCCCUUGUGUUGGUCCAGAUGAAGUGUCGCAGCAUUACUGCACAAUCUGCCCUGCUACAGUAAUAAUAUUACAGUAAAAUCUGACCUGCUACAGUAGUAAUAUUACAGUAAAAUCUGACCUUCUACAGUAAUAACAUUACAGUAAAACCUGCCCUGCUACAGUAAUAACAUUACAGUAAAACCUGCCCUGCUACAGUAAUAACUUUCCUAUUAUUUCCAGUCUUGUGAUCAAAGCCAACAAGGAAAAGUUCCAUGUGCUCAUUACCACUAGAAACAGUCAAGACAAUGCCUACAACACCAAAGUCAUGCUCAGCUUUACUGAAAACAUCAACUACGUCAAAGUCGAGGUGAGCUUCUUCUCUAUGUUUGUAUAGUUGUUGUGUAGCUUUGAUUUACAUUGAUGUCUUGGAUGUUGGGAAUCAGAACGUCAGUAUGGGUUUUGACGUUGACAUUGUAUGUGAUAUCAACCCUUUACUCUGCAGCCCAAAGACAAAGACUGCAGUCUGAAUAAUACCAAAGUUGAGUGUGCUGUAGGAUAUCCAUUCCUCAAAAGCAAUGUAGAGGUAAGACGAUUCCUGCAAUCAUACAAAUCUAUUCUUGUACCAUUAGACUCACUAUGUACUUCAUGUUUCAUUUUGUGAUGAAUAGGCCACUGAUGGAUUCUGCUUGUUCUCCCUCCAGGAGGUGUUUAAGAUCCUGUUUGAAGUCAACCCUGCCCACGUCUGGAAAGAAAUUCAGAUCAACGUAACUGCAACCAGGUACAGUAAGCCAUGGUGUUCAUUCAUUCAUUUUAUUUAUUUAGCCAGGAUAAUCCACACAGUAACAAUGGCUAGUGUUUUCCGGGGAGUCCUGGGUUCCAUGCUAAAUCUCAGCAACAGAAAAUAAAUGAGCGAGCAAAGAAGAAAUAUUGAAAUGUCAAAAUUAUAAUGCAAUUACUUUUCUCAUUCCUACAGUGACAGUGAGGAAUUGAAGACCACCCUCCAUGACAACUCUGUGAGAAUCUCCAUCCCUGUGAAGUACGAGGCUGGACUCAGAUUCACUGCGUGAGUACAGACAGCAGCAGCUACAACACCUACAGCACAUUUUUAUAUCCAUAAAAAAUAGAGGUACAGUAUUAGUUUGACCUUUUUUCAAAUCUUUCCAUCUCCUUUCUAAUCUUUCCAUCUCCUUUCUCAUCCCUCCAUCUCUCAGUGACAGGCAUAUGAAGGAGGACCACAUCAUAGUGAAAGAGGGAGAGCAGUACCCCAGCGUCUUCAACCACACCAGUGUGAUAGGAGAAGAGGUCAAGAUCAGCUAUACGGUAAGACCUACAUACUGUAGACUGUAGUAAUACCUGGUUAAAUAUGGCCAGGGGAUAAGAGCAAUUCAAUUAAAUGUAUUUAUAAAGCCCUUUUUACAUCAUCAGAUGUCACAAAGUGCUUAUACAGAAACCCAGCCUAAAACCUCAAAGAGCAAGCAAUGCAGAUGUAGAAGCAUGGUGGCUCGGAACAACUCCCUAGAAAGGCAGGAACCUAGGAAGAAACCUAGAGAGGAACCAGGCUCUGAGGGGUGGCCAGUCCUCUUCUGGCUGUGCCCGUAAUAUAGCCCCACAGUGGAGGCGUCAUAAUACCCAUAAAACCUAGCGGUCAAACAGGGAAAUGGUUCCAAUCAUUUUUUCCACCAUUAAUUUUCCCAUAGGGGAUUUUAGAAACACUUAAAAUAAGUGCUGUGUUUCGUGUAGACUUACCCUGGUGUGAUGUUUUGAUAACGUAUAAAUCAAUUUCCCUGUUUUAUGGGUAUUAUGACUCAUACUGUGGUACUCUAUAGGGUAAAGGCAGAGAAUCCCAGUAGAGAGAUGGGAGCCGGCAAGGCAAAGACAGGAAGGGUGGUUCGUCACUCCAGUGUCUUUCCGUUCACCUAAGCAUCCCUGGGCCAGACUACACUCAAUCACAGGACCUACUGAAGAGAUGAGUCUUCAGUAAAGACUUAAAGGUUGAGACCGAGUCUGCGUCUCUCACAUGGAUCGGCAGACCAUUCCAUAAAAAUGGAGCUCUAUAGGAGAAAGCCCUGCCUCCAGUUGCUUGCUUAGAAAUUCUUUCAACAAUAAGCAGGCCUGCGUCUUGUGACCAUAGUGUACACUACCGGUCAAAAGUUUUAGAACAUCUACUCAUUCAAGGGUUUUUCUUUAUUUUUAUAUAAUAGAAUAAUAGUGAAGACAUCAAAACUAUGAAAUAACACAUAUGGAAUCAUGUAGUAACCAAAAAAGUGUUAAACAAAUCAAAUAUAUUUUAUAUUUGAGAUUCUUCAAAUAGCCACCCUUUGCCUUGAUGACAGCUUCAAUCUUAAAAUGGAACCUUGAGGAACACCGAAACUUACCGUUGAUUUGUCAGAAGACGAACCAUCCACAAAGAUGAACUGAUAAUCUUUCCGACAGAUAAGAUCUAAAUCAGGCAAGAACUUGUCCGUGUAGACCAUUUUGAGUUUCCAAUCUUUCAAAACUAUUGUGGUGAUCGAUGGUGUCAAAAGCGACACUAAGUUCUAGGAGCACAAGGACCAGACGCAGAGCCUUGGUCUGACACCAUUAAAAGGUAAUUUACCACCUUCACAAGUAUGGUCUCAGUACUAUGAUGGAGUUUAAAACCAGACUGGAGCAUUUCGUAUGCAUUAUUUGUCUUCAGGAAAGCAGUGAGUUGCUGAGCAGCAACUUGAAAUAAUAUAGGCCGAUGGUAAAAACACUAGGCUUUAGUACUGCCACGUUUAGUGAGUUUGGUACACAUUCGGAGGAUAGGGAGCCGUUUAUUUUGUUCAACAUAGGAGGGCCAAGCACAGGAAGUAGCUCUUUCAGUAGUUUAGUUGGAAUAGGGUCCAGUAUGCAGCUUGACGGUUUAGAGGCCAUGACUAUUUUCAGGAAUGUUUCAAGAGAUAUAGGAUUUAAACACUUGAGUGUCUCCAUUGAUCCUAGGUCCUGGCAGUUCUGUGCAGACUCAGGACAACUGAGCUUUGGAGAAAUAUGCAUAUUCAAAUAAUUUGCUUUCUAAUGAUCAAAGAAGUUAAUGAAUUCAUCACUGCUGAAGUGAAGGCCAUCCUCACUUGGGGAAUGCUGCUUUUUAGUUAGCUUUGCGACAGUAUCAAAAAUAAAUGUUUGAUAAUUUGUACUCUCCUCAAUCAGGUUGGAAAAGUAGGCUGAUUGAGCAGCAGUGAGGUCUGUGGACUUCUCCAUGUGAAUAUUGAAAAAUGUGAAUAUUAUCUACCAUGACUACGAGGUCCAAUAGGAAUUCAGGGAACUCAGUGAGGAACACUGUGUACAGCCCAGGAGGCCUGUAAACAGUAGCUAUAAAAGGUGAUUGAGUAGGUUGCAAUCCACUGACUAUAUACCAAAAGUAAGACACUUAUUCUAAGUUGCCAAAGCGCGAAAAAAAAACGUGGUUACAUUUUGACUGAAAGACCUGUGACUUCCUGUCUCUCUCUCUGGUUUCCAGGUUAAAAAGGAUGUGGAUAUGGAGACUCCUCCUCUGAAGCUGAGGGUGACGUACCCGUACCUAUCACCUAGAGAGAACGUCCUGCUUUAUCUGACACAUGUCACCUCCUCACAGGUAAGGCUUCUCUAACCUACAUUAUGCGUACUGUACCAUAGAGGUAGACGGCACAUGGUUCUCUACCAGUCAACAGACAAUCACACUGGGAAGUCAAACAGUCUGCAGAACUGUGGUGGUGUGGAUCAAGUUGAUCCAAAUGUGAUUGAUUGAUAAUUUAUUGAUUGAUGGAUCUUUUCUCUCUCCCACAGGAUGUGAAAUGUAAUGUCAGGGACCUGAUUAACCCUUUAAAGAUCAACCACAACAACAUGCACACCAUCAAUCCUAAAAAAGAGACCCUCAGUGUCUUCCUGGUGGUGAGUCAACACUACUGUGUGUGAGUGUGAGUGUGAGUGUGAGUGUGAGUGUGAGUGUGAGUGUGAGUGUGAGUGUGAGAGUCUCACAGUGUGGGUACUCUCCUUUGCAGGGCUGUAAGGACCACCCGUGUAAGUCAUUUGACUGCUCCAUCCCUCAAGUCAACAACAGUCAGGUCAAUGUUACCUUCAGGGUGUGGAAACCCACCUUUAUCAAAGUGAGUACAGUGAAGUGUCACCUGUUUGUUUGUUUGUUUGUUUAAUUCAUUCAUUCAUUGUUUUUGAUUGAUUUAUUUAUUUAUUAAUUGAUUGAUACAUUUAUUAAUUGAUAAAUGUAUUGGUAUAUUAAGUGAAUAAUGGAAUUGCUCUUUGCUCCACAGGCAGAGUUCCCCAGCCUUCAUAUGAUUGUUCAUGCCACUCUGGAGAACCUGAACACUGAUCUCUUUGUGUUGAGUACCCCCAAUUACGCCAGAGAUGUGAGUGCAAUUAUCUAUUCAUUUUCAUGUGAUAGGCUGUGUUUACACAGGCAGCACAAUUCUGAUCUUUUGCCCAAUUAUUGGUCUUUAGGCCAAUCAGAACUGAUUUUUUGCUAAUAAUCAGGAAAAAAUAUCAGAAUUGGGCUGCCUGUGUAAACACAGCCUUUAUGUGUUUGCUUUUUAUCCUUUGCUUGUUUUCUGGUUCGUGUAAAACUCUUGCUUCCAUCUCAGGUGAAGAUCCAGGUCUCUAAAGAGGCGUUGGGAGGUAUACCACUGUGGAUCAUUAUAGUCAGCAUCCUAAUAGGACUGCUCAUUCUGGCACUGGUCAUCUUCACUCUAUGGAGGGUAUGUGUGUGUUCACAACCUUCUGUCUGCUUGUGUCUGUUGGGGAACUUUUAUUCUAUUAUAAUUUGUAUCUUCCCAAAUAGAAUAAUAAUAAUAAUAAUAAUAAUAAUAAUGCUUGUAUUUGGCCUAUCUCACACAUGUACAAGUGUGUAUUAUAUGCAUGAGUGAAUUGCAAAUGUGUUUUUUGCAUAUCCCAACUCCCCCUGAGACACCCUGGGAGAGUAGGGUCAAGGCUUGUAUUAUAGAGAGGCUCAACAGUGGUGUGAUCAUGUGUGAAAUGCAUUUUUAAAUCUAUUGAACUUGAACUCAAACCUGAGACUUGGAGUUUGGAUGUGAAUUCUGGAUGAUGUUUUAUUCACUGUUGUCUUUUCUGCUCCACCAGGCUGGGUUUUUCAAGAGAAGAUCCAUAGAGGACAUGGAGAAUGACGACAUGAAGGAC